AUGGCUCCUUCUUUCAACUUCAUGCUCCUCUUCGUGCUUUUGCUGAAAGGCGCCUCCCUCGUUCCAAAUGUCCAAAACAAGCAGCAUAGCUGUAUAGGUAUGUGCUGAUUUCUUAUUUGUUGUAUUUAUUUAAAACAGCUCUUCAUAAAAAUAUCCCAGAUGAUGCACUUGUACCUUAAGGGAGAGUGCAGCCACAUCCAGAACAGAUAAGCCAUCUAAUUCCCAGAUCUAAGAACCACCCCCUCGCAACAUCUCUGUUUCAUCCGGCACACCCCUGCAACAAGGACUUGUGCAGCCACACCUAAUGCAGUUGCAUCUUGAGCACCUUCCCCACAAAGUGGACAUUUGGGACUGAGGGGUAUCUCCCAUAAGCCUCUAGCCCAUAAUAGAUAAUUUUCAGGAGCAACUAUGGCUUCUUUCAAGUCACCUCCCCGUCAUGCAAGGAGAUGCACCCACUCUCUCAAAUUCAUCAUGAUGUACAAGGGUUGCGAGACCCUAUAGUUAGCCGCACAGCUUCCAGCAUCUUGUCCAAAUUUUCAGGCCUCAAGAACCGAAAUUGAUCCCAUAGAACAGGGACCAGCAAGGUUUAUCUUGUCUGGGCCGGAUCGGUCCUGCGGAGACCCCUCCAUGGACCGGAUCAUGUGUGUGUGAGAGCUCGCGCGCCUGUGAUUUUCAGUGUCUGCUCAGACACUGUUUUCGGCACCGAUUUAGCGCAGUGUGCGAGUGGGCAGCUCAGUUUUGGGGGUGGCUCGUGGGCUGAUCAAACGACCUCCACAGGCCACUUCUGGCCCAUGGGCCUUACGUUGCUGAUCCCUGCCGUAGAAUCAGACUAUACAGUGGAACCUCAAAGCCGAAUGCCUUUGGACUUGAAUGUUUCAGCUCCCAAACGAUCAAAACCCAGAAGUGAUUGUUCCGGUUUUCAAACGAUUUUCAGAAGCUCCUGCAGCCAAUCAGAAGCUGCGCUUUGGAAGCUGAACGCUUUGGAAGCUGAACAGGCUUCCAGAACAGAUUCAGUUCGACAUCCAAGGUACGACUGUAAUAAUGCUUUAGAUUCAAUGGCAUUGAGGCUAGACAAAAUAUCUGUUAAUUUCUGAUUCUCUCUCAUUUUUCCACUCUUAAAUUCACUGCUCCACGUUUCCACAGCAAUUUGUGAUUAACACCCCCCAAAAAAACAACCCCCAUAAUAAUUCAUCAGGAUUUAAGUGCAUUUCCUCCCAAUAGACACUUUUCUGUGUAUGCACAUCUUUGCAAGCAAUCUUUAUGUUCGCUUUUCCCCAACACAUACAUAAAUUCAGAGCAGUGCAAUUUUCAAAGUUUAAUUGCGUUUCACAUCUUAUAUUUGUUCAUAAAGUGUGACUUAGUUACUUCUCAUUAAAAGGCAAACAUAAUUAAUUUUCUUUGCCAUCCCUAAAUGGACAGGUGCCUAGCAAACAUGUUCCAUAGCCCAUCUCCAAAGCUUCCAGCAGCCUUUUGAUUUGGGCAAUUGCGAAUAAACCCUCACUACUCAGAAAUGCGCUGAUGUAAUGGGGGUGGAGAAAUAAUCCUUUCACUGGAACGCAGUAGUGAUAUAUUUUUUUCAAGCAUGUAAAUGUCCCAGUUUUAUGUCCAAGCAAACAUAGAAUAUAGUUUUUGGUCCAUUUUCAAUCUGUAUAACUUUUUAGCAGCCAUCUCAGCUAAAAUAAUACUGUGGGGGGUAUUGUUUUUGUUCGUUAUUAUGUUAUGCAUUUUUGUGCUUUUAUAUUGUGAACUGUCCUGUGAUCCUUGGAUGAGGGAAGGUAUAGAAAUUUUAAUGAUGAUGUUGAUGAUUAUAAUGUGCUUUUAUACCAUCAAAUGAUGGCCACAAAUGUAGUUUACUUCUGCAUUUUUUCAGAAUUGCCACCCUGUGUUCACUUGCCUUUUGGAGUAUGUUCAGACAUUUUCCAUCCAACUAUAAAAUGCUGUUGUAAAUCCAGUCUGUUCUGUGUAGACAGACAAAGCCCUGUUGAAAUUUCUAAGGGCUACUGUACCUUCAAUGAAUUACUUCCUGUUUGCAUGUUCAGUUUGUUUUUUUAAUUGUUCCUUCCUCAUCAAAACUGGGAAAUUAGUUACGAGUUGCUUCUUAGUUUGUGUUCACUCUUCAGAGGAUUUCAAUUACUGAUUUCCUUUCAGCAUUUAUUUAUUUUUUUAGGGCAAAAUCACAACACUGUUCUGCUAAAAACAACAACACACAAAUGAGUGGGGAAAUGAAAGAAAACCAGUAAUGACUAACUGUCAUUAGCAGGAAAAAGUAAAAGGCUGACCCUAGAUGGAGAAUUUUUUUUUAACUGACAUUGGAAGGGGUCACUGCUGAACAGGGGUGAUCUUCUGAGUAAACAUUAUAGAUGAUCGUUGGCCGUAGGGAGAGCAUUGAAAGUUAAUGUAGCCUUAUAUUCAGUGCUGUGUUGAAUUUUAAUUUCACUUCUGGCUAAUUGCAGAAUAGCAAUGCCUCGGGGUCUCUAGUGCGGUAGCAACCCUUGCUUAUCAAAGUGAAAGUGGAUUUAGUAUAGCAAGUGCUUGCAAGACACAUACAGUGGUACCUCGAGUUACAGACGCUUCAGGUUACAGACGCUUCAGGUUACAGACUCCGCUAAUCCAGAAAUAUUACCUCGGGUUAAGAACUUUGCUUCAGGAUGAGAACAGAAAUCGUGUGGCGGUGGCGCAGCGGGAGGCCCCAUUAGCUAAAGUGGUAUCUUAGGUUAAGAACAGUUUCAGGUUAAGAACGGACCUCUGGAACGAAUUAAGUUCUUAACCCGAGGUACCACUGUAAAGACUAUUGCUAGUCACUUCAGAACUGCAGGCCAUCUGGUUCCCAAUCAUGGUCUAGCUCAGGUUAUUGUUGCUGCUGUUCUUACCCUGAAGAACACAAGGCACAUUCAGAUUGGGGAAUGGCAUUCACCCAGCCAGCCAGCCCAGGAGAACUUCAAUAGGGUUUGUUGUACAGCAGUAAUCGCUUCCUUGCGAUGGGUUUAAUUCUGAUGCCGGCUGCUGGUAGAAACAACAGAGGGGUAGGGUACACACAGUUCUAGUUUCCUCCACCCCAGGAGAGUUGCUAAUCAGGGGUAAUCAAUAAGGAUUAACAGUCUCCAGACAAAAGAGAUCAUGGGAACAAGCCCCGACUUGCAGUGUGUUUGCUAAUUGCACAGGGAAAUAAGCCGUAUAGUAACUGCUAUGUCUGCAGAUAAUUUACCUGAUUAUAGUCGCAAUUGUGGAACUAAUUAUUCAUUAGUAACCCCCUCUGAAGGAAGGGGGCUAUUUAUAAAGUUAGCUCUUUCAGCGCCGCAGCCUCUGUAUUCAAUCAUGGAAAGAAGCACAUGUAAAUGAGGCGUGGUAGAUCUGCAAGAAAAAUGGAGCAUGUACGGGAGCAAUUUUACAGGCCCCCUGCUUUCUGUGUGCCUUUCCACAACAGGGUACGCACCAGUUUGAAGAAAAGAAAAGACAAAUGUGUUCUCUUAGCCACAUUUUUAAACCUGUGCCUUCAGCAGGGGCGGGGGACCACUUCCAUUAACUACAAAUUUUUGGAAUCGUUUACUUGUCAAAACUAAGGAAACGAACAGUUAAACAGUUCCCACAAUCCAAUAGCAAAAGCAAUAGAUUGCAUCUCUUACGUAGUUCAUUAAUUGGAUGCCACAAGUAAGAUCCACAAAUAGCUACAGUCAUUUUUAAAAUAAGACCAUUUCUUUUUCUCAAAGUUGCAGGGAUUUUAUCUGAAUAAAUGACAGGCAACUUUUUUCAAAAAUCACAUUUCCUUCGUUCCAAUGGUUGUUAAGCCAGCUGUCCCUGCUUAACUACGUUGGUCUUUCAAUGAAUUUCAAUGUUGGUUCCAUUAUGUGACAUGUAUUUUGGGGGAAAUACAGGGUGGAUAAUAUAUUUCAUGUCUCAUUUUUAGCAUUGAAAAAUAUAUAUGCAGUCAUAUUGAAAGAAUCAUGGAUUCCCAAUACUCAGAAAUGCUUAAUGACUGGAAGCACUGCAAAAACUCAGCCAAACCAGUUGCACUCAACAACUGUUGAGGACAUUGGCAUGCUAGAAAACAUUGCUUACACCCUGUGGGGUCCUAUAGUUAGCAUGCCCGUCAAAACCACAAUUCAUUUUAUGCUGAAAAUCAAUCUAAACUCUGAGCUUCAGCUAGAGUCCGUCCAGAGUGAGUUUACUGCUUUCUGAGCAAUUUAUGCGAGCGUAAAUCAGUGUUUGAUUUGAUUUAAGGAUAAGAAGAAAUAUCAGAAAAUUCUGUCCUUCCCCCUCUUCUUAUUCCUAGGUCCAUGUCACCAUAUCAGUAUGAACAGUUAAGACUGCAGAGUGUACCCAUAGAGUCCAUUUUCAAGGCUGAAGGGCAAUGAAAAGCAAGGAAGGGACGUGGAGAGGAAAUUGAGGAAACAGGGAAUCAGCCAAAGAGAUAAUGGAUGCUAAACAAUGGAGAAGUAGCAGAACGGGAACAAGUGUUCGUACAGGUCUUAGGGUCCUGAAGUUAAUAUCAGUCAAGUCAAGUCACAUUUACAUUGUUGCUAAAACCACAAAUGGAAUGAGAAAUAGGUUCUCAGUUAUUGUCCUUGGAAAAAUUGCAUAUUACACUAGCCUUUUGUACUUUAUACUCAAAAAGCUCCAAAUAGUGUGUUGUAUAAUAUGCUCUCAGGCCAAGGUUUUGGCGCUCAUCUCGCUUUAUUGGCCGAGGGAGCCGGCGUAUAGCUUCCUGGUCAUGUGGCCAGCAUGACUAAGCCACUUCUGGUGAACCAGAGCAGCGCACGGAAACGCCGUUUACCUUCCUGCCAGAGUGGUACAUAUUUAUCCACUUGCACUUUGACGUGCUUUUGAACUGCUAGGUUGGCAGGAGCAGGGACAGAGCAACGGGAGCUCACCCCGUUGUGGGGAUUCAAACCGCUGACCUUCUGAUCGGCAAACCCUAGGCUCUGUGGUUUAACCCACAGCGCCACCCGCGUCCCAACAGCGCCACCCACGUCCCGAAGGUUGCUGCAGUUCAAAACCUGAGUUCCUGCAUUGUUCAAAUGGGGCUCCUUUGCCGUUCACAGUCAGUUUGCCAUUUCUCCCCGAAGGUUACAUUUAAACUGGGCCAAUCAGCACUUCUUGUGUGUUGUGCAUCACACUGUCAUUGUAUUAUCCCCCCACCCAAUUAUUUGUGCUUUCUGAUUUGCAGAGGUGCCCAAGGCAGGUUUUGUAAAUCCUGGGGCUGUUCAAUUUGAUGACUGUGAUAGGAAUUUUGAGGUCUUAGAUAUAUGUUAAAUGUUCAUAAGUGUACCAACCAAGCACGUACGUAGAUCAGCACAGGAAGACUGACCUGAAACCAUUAUUUAUUCCCAAAACUGACCAAAUGUUUUCUCUGCAAAGUCAAAGGAAAAUGGAAAAGCCUCCCCAUUAUCUUUUCCUUCACAAAUCCUGUCUUAAGGGCACAUUUAAGAUAUGAAUAGGGGGUGAGCCUGUGACCUGGCUCAGGAACUAAGUAUUUAUCGUUACAAAAGACUGGCUAGGCUCCCAAGGGAUCCAAUCAAGUGACCAUUAAACAGGUAACCUGUUUAGACGAGAUAAACAACGCACUCAGAUUUCUGCUGUAGACCGCCUUUUCUGUGGUGUAGGUAUGAUGUAUCUGGGGGGUGGUCUUAGGUUGCACCCCUUCUGUGAUGUAUGUAUGAUGUAUGGAGGGGUGGUCUUGAGCUCCAGGGCAGGGAAUUUAAAAUGUCUAUAUAAGGGCAGGCACACCUUUGUUCUGGGUUCCUCCUCCCUCCUGCGUGUGGUGAGUGAGGACCCUGUUGCAACAGAUCAAUAAAGAUCAGGCUUACUGGCUGCUUUGCUUCUCAAUAUUAUCUGGUUGGCUUCUGUUAUUUUCUCCUACCAAUCGGGAACCUACGUAAGGACUCUGUAUGGGCUCUUGGAUACCCCAGAAGGGGAAAAGGGCAGAUUUUUGUAUACAGCAUGACCACAACUGAUCUUCCCCUGCAUGCAUUGAGUGUGUUGCAGAACACAGUUACAGCCCCAUGUAUGCCAUUACAACUGGCUUGAAGAACACAUGAACCGAGAGUUGCAAUACAGUACAGGGCUUGCUUAGCAAAAAAAGGUGGUGAAAAAGUGUUCUCUAACUGCAGGAAGUUUCCCAAACAUACAGUACUAGCUUUCUAAAUGUUGACAUUUGAGGUGCCAUUUCCCAUUUAAUGGUAACUGAAAUGCAAGUCAUCUGUUGCAAUACCUCCAGAAAUAGCCCACUGCCACUAUUGACCAACAUGUACACCGUUUGGAUAUGUUGUUUUUCAACAAGUAAUUUUGGGCCAUUUCUGGAGGUAUUGCAACAGAUGAAUUGCAUUUCAGUCAUAUGCACUUAUGGAAUUUGAAGCCUAAAAAUGUCCCCUAAGUCCUCAGUACUUGAGGCAGGCAUAGGCAAACUCUUGAGGCAGGCAUAGGCAAAUGUUUGGGACUACAAUUCCCAUCAUCCCUGACCACUGGUCCUGUUAGCUAGGAAUGAUGGGAAUUGUAGUCCCAAACAUCUGGAGGGCCAGAGUUUGCCUAUGCCUGACUUGAGGGGAUAAUUUUGCCUACAGUGAUUUGGGCACUUGUCCCCACUGCCAUUUGGGUGUACUUUAUCCCCUAAUGAGGAACAAUCCAGAAAUGUGUUGGGUAUUACAAGUGAUAGUGAAUCUUAUUUUCUACAGAUGGCUGCUUUCCUUCAGGAUUUCCACAGGGCUGUGUUAGACUAGUAGGAGUUGGUUCUUGCUGUGCUUCUCAAACUAUUUUGAAUCCAGAGGUUCUGUUUUAUGGAGGAAAGCAGUACAAAAUCAGCUGCUUCAUUCAAAUUUGUAUUUCCUACAGAUUUAGUUGCACAGAGGCUAGCGGCAGGUCUGGGAUUUCAUAUCCAAAGAAGACAAGCAAAAUAAACUAUUUGUUCUGUUUCCAUAACGAUGCAGAGCUUUUGAAAACAGAUAAUUCGUUUGUAUAAAAACCAUCAUUUUCCCCACAGUCAAGAGGCAAUGGGCUUUGUUACAUCUGCCCUUAUUUUCCAUUGAAUUUUGAACCACAUUUGAUUGCAUGGAGCUCUGUCAGUGUUUAAAUAACUAGGAUAGCUCAUUCCCCUGGAAGGCAGAUAGGAGAUGCAAGUUAUCAUAUUACAAAGCAGACCUUUGCGGCAUGUUUAUAUGUGGGGGACGCUCCUGGGAGACCUUGUGCGUGGGCUACAGCACGCUUGUUUUGCAUGUGGGGCUUUGGAAGCAAACCCGUCAGCAGUAACUGUCACACCGACUGCUACAUUGGGGAAAUCAGCGUCGUUACUAGACUGCCCUACAGCCGGGCCCCUGCAAUGCAGAGAAGCUCAGGAAGCCGUGUUGAGAGUUGAGGGAGGCAUUUGAAACCCUCCCUUGCUUUUGUGGAAGUCUCCGUGAUCCUGCACAGGAACAAGCCUGCAGAUCAAACCUGUACGUAGCAUUCCUGAAAUAUACUCGGAGUCCUGUAGUGGUUUUGUGCUCUUUAUUGCAGCUUCUAAAACAGUGAUUCAAUUGCCCCCCAAACCUCAGGCUUUUAUAUACAUUAUUUACACAAUGAGUCCCAUCUGAUUGGCUGAUUCUGCUUCCCUCCUGAAGCCUGAUUGGUCUUCUCCUGUAGGCCAAUCAGUUGUUGCAUUCUAGGAUCCUACCAGCCUAAUAGGCUGAUUCUGCCUCUCUCCUGGAGCCUGAUUGGUCUUUUCCUGCAGGCCAAUCAGUUGUUGCAUUCUAGGAUCCUACUUGCCUAUUGUUCUAGGAUCCAAGCAUAGUACAUAACAGUUCCCUUGCGGAAAGGGUCUUGGCUCACUGGCAAUGAACGCAGAAGAUCCCAGGUUCAGUCAUCACCAGGUUGAGCAGGAUCCCUGAAGAGCCCCUGCCAGUCAGUAUAGAUCCGGGGGUGGGGGACCUUUUUGGACUAAUGGGUCAGGACCUUAUUUUCCCCCAUGGCCCCGGGGCCAAUUCUGCCAGGUGGGCCCAACAACCCACUUCUCAGUAACCUGAUAUCAUAAUGUCAAUAUUAUGUUCUGAAGUUCUCACCCUGGGCCAGCAGGGGGAUACUGUAGAUAGUUAUGCAAAUAAGGGAUUGAAAGUGACGUUCAGUGAUUGGAUAGUUUUAGAAAAUUGUUACAGUUACGUUGUGCUGGAGCUCUAUAUAAGCAGGCUGACUGAACCCUUCAGUUCAGUUCUGUCCUGGCCUGUGAAUAAACAAGAGCUGUUUGAAGAAUCGCUGUGUCGUCUGGAUAUGUUCACCCACAACUUAACAGUCGACACUUAGCAAAGUCCCUUGCACAGUGCUCCCCAAGUGCCCAGCUUCCUGGCAAUUGAGCACAGGGCUCGCAAUAGGCAGUUUCCUAAUUUUAAAAUUGCUCUGUGAAAAACGUAAGAAGAAGGGUUUGUCCCCGUGUUCAUAAUCACCCACAUCAAUGAGAUGUUUGGAUCAGGUCAGUGGAUCUGCCACCUUUCAGGAAAUUAUUCUCACAACAUCUUUCAAACUUCUGGGAGAUUUAAAACUUCAGAAUCUGUAACUGAAUUCUGGAGCCACCUUUUCUUUCCGGACUGGACUCUAAUCUUCAGUUAAAAGUUGGAUUUAUUUUAUUUUAAUUUUUUACUUAAGAAUAGUCACUGCUGUCAUGGGAUGAGGCUAAUAAGCCCAGAGCCAGGUCUGCACAGCUGACUCAACGUGUUUGUAUAUGUAGAUUGGAACCAACCCAAACUGUAAUUCUGAAUGAAGCCAGCACUACUUAGAAACCAACUGGGCUGGCUUUCUGCGGUGUGUUGCAGUAUGCCAAGAGAAGACUCUCCCAUCAGCCCUUAGCCUGAUAUACCAGGAAAAUUCAUUCUUUGUCAGACAGAUGCGUUCACUUUUCACUGGCUUCAAGGGCACAUAGUACUGCAACCUGAAUUGUAAAGGGGAAAGUGCCAUGCAGGCAUAUGCUAUUGUCUUAAAUCCGUAUUUUCUAUUUUAACAAUAAAAAAUAAUGUUAAGUCCUAUUCCCAUCUGGUUAAAUUAAUGUGAGCAGGAUCAUGCACAAUGCAACUAAACCCACGUAACUAUAAUAACAAAGUUGGCCGCUUUCCCCCGCAUUUAAAAUCUGUAUUCUAAAAAAAGGAAGUCUUUUGUGCUGGCUUUUAUCUGCAGCCAUUGAUACCAUUCUAAUUAGAAUUUCCUUUGUAUGUUUGCUGCAGAAGUAGAUUAAUUUCAACAGUCUGUUCAGCUUGCCAGGGGGUUCGUGGCCAGCAAACUCUCGCUCCGACUUUAUUAGCUGAGAUGUGAUUUCCUCCCAUCUAAACUCCCUCUAGUCUAUUAGAAAUGUCAUUUUAUUAUUAAACACAUUCUCUCUUUUUUAGUAUGAUAGGAAAGCAGUCUCUUGAAAUGUGAAUUUUUAGAUUAUUGCUGUUGAACAGUAUGAGUAUUGUAUGCUCUGAUCCCCCUCGUAAAUUAAAUGCAGGUGGAACAAACUAUAUCUGAAAAGAGACAGGCAGGUUUAUUAAUGCUCAGGUCUGGCUGCGAAGGGAUGAUAGACGUUGUAAUACCGAGACAUUUCUUGAAAUAAAAAUGCCCCUUCAUCCUGUCAAGGAGUGAAAGUCAUUGUCAAGUGCUACCAAGAAGCCAAUCUCUUAAAUGUUGCUUUUAAAAAAAAGUUUUUUACAACUCUAGAGUUUUGAGAUUAUGCGGUAGAGUCUGUCCAUGAUGGAAUAGUUUUUCAUCCCAUUCAUUUGAAGGGAUGGGAGUGCCCUGUUCUUGCCCAGCAGAAGAGACCUUGGUUAGGGCAAGGCAGGUGGGUUGUCACAGCGCUGUGAUGAACUCCUAGUGAGUAACUGGCUCUGUUAAAUUGGAAGUGAAUUGAGGCCUUUUCUGCCUGUGCCUCCUAUGCUCUGCACCUUUUUAGAGACCUCUUUCCAAGAUCUCCCACCUGGUAUGUUUCCUGUGCUUUGGGUUCUUCAGGCCAUGAGAAGGCACCUAUGAUGGUCACAGCACUGUGGCAUCUGGUUCAGCCAGUCCUAGGAUUAGGGGGACCCUGUUCACCAACAUCCAACUCAGAGCUAGGAACUUGGUCCAGCUCCUUAGAUGGGAACACUUUAGCUUCUGAAUCACAGUCCUGGUCACUACUGGAUUCCACCAGGAUCAUUGGAAAGAGAAAGAUAUCUGUGCUUCACUGUCUCAUUUAAACCAAUGGGACUUAGAAGUUCUUACUCUGGUUGUAGUUGGCACUGUAGUCUAAACCACUGAGCCUCUUGGGCUUGCUGAUCAGAAGGUCGGCAGUUCGAAUCCUUGCGACAGAGCUCCCGUUGCUCUGUCCCAGCUGCUGCCAACCUAGCAGUUCGAAAGCACGACAGUGCAAGUAGAUAAAUAGGUACUGCUGCAGCGGGAAGGUAAACGGUGUUUCCGUGCGCUCUGGUGUCCGUCACGGUGUCCCAUUGUUCCAGAAGCAGUUUAGUCAUGCUGGCCACAUGACCCGGAAAGCUGUCUGUGGACAAACACUGGAUCCCUCAGCAUGAAAGCAAGAUGUGCGCCGCAACCCUAUAGUCACCUUUGGCUGGGCUUAACCAUCCAAGGGUCCUUUGCCUUACCUUUACCUCUGGUUGAAUCAUGUCCUACUUCCUGGAGAAGAAUGUUGUUGUUGUUGUUGUUGUUGUUUAGUCAUUUAGUCGUGUCCGACUCUUUGUGACCCCAUGGACCAGAGAAUAGCACUCGGCUAAUUUUGCUCAAGGCAAGGUAUGUCUUACAUACAGUGGGAAAGUGAGCUGACCUUAACAAUUUGCUGCAGCUAAUACAUUUACAAUACAAUCCGAGAUGUGACAAUUCAAAAGCAAAUACUAUUGUGUUCAGUGGGACUUACUCUUAGAUUGCAAACUUGGUCAACUUGGACUUUCAUAUUUGAAAUCAAUAUUUAAAGCACAAGAAUAAAACAUCUUGACAAUGUGACAUCAGCAGAAGAGAUUUUCCUUAGGUCUUAAAAACAGGUGGUAUUUUCCUUAAAAUCUAAAGAACAAUGUUAAUAUUUAGUCCAGCAAGUCAAAUUCCUAUGAAAUCCUGUGAUUGUUAAUAUUUGUGUGUAUAGGUAGUAUAGCUACAAUAUGUGUCCUAUUAAUACUUUUAUUAAUACUCCUAUUAAAAUCAGGAUGCUCCUACCUGGUUAACCGAUUAAUAUUAGUAUGGAAGUGUACACCGAGCAGCUACAAUUUCUAAACAGCAGUUUAUAUUUCACCUUAUAAUGGUGCUCUGCAUUCAUAACUCAUGGGUACAGUGACAUGGAUUUCCUUUGAAAAAAAUUCCUGCUCCUAAAUAAUCCAAAAUCCAGUGUACUGCUAUGAUCUCUGUGCAUUAUUCUGGUACCCUUGGCAGCUGAAUGUGUACCUGACUCCUUCGGAAAACGUUACAUGAGAGGCGAUGUGAGGGAAUGUGAUAGUUGGAUCUGUGUUGGCAGUCAUCAAGUGCUGUACGUGCCCGUGUGAAUUAGCCCUUGAUUAGUCUAUCACAGGAAUAGGCAAACUCGGCCCCCAGAUGUUUUGGGACUACAGCCCCAUCAUCCCUAGCUAACAGGACCAGUGGUCAGGGAUGAUGGGAAUUGUAGUCUCAAAACAUCUGGAGGGCCAAGUUUGCCUAUGCCUGGUCUAUCACAUAUCGGAGUCUAGGCAUGCAUUUUGCAGAGGGUUCAGAGUGCCCUUGUUAACUUGCUACUGAAUUUGAAAUCCAGGAAGGAUGAGACAGAGGCUUGCAUUCAGGAUGCUGCACUGAAGACUACAAGCAGAGGUGUUGCGACACAGGAGAUCCUCUUGCUGCUGUUUGCAAUAACACCGCAUUGUCCGUUGGACUUGCACCAUCCAUGAAAGCAUUGAUAUAUCUUACGAGAUAUCGGCAUGUCCAGAAACAUGAUGCAAAUUUGUCUUCCAAACCCUGGCUUUCUUGGAAGCUACUAGGCGUAGUUCCUGAUUGGUUCAUGAUGGGAUUAGCAGGGAUUAACUGUGCUCCUGAGUUAGUGAAAUACGGUGGCAUUGCACAGGGUCAUCUAGCAGUCAGGACUCGGUGCUUUUGAUCCUGUGCUACCAGGCACUCUGCCUUCCCUAGAAACCUAACUGAUUAACAACAGGAGGAGCAGAUGCAAAAGAAUUCAGGGCUUUCUGUACUCUUAUCAGUUGUGCAAAAGGGAUAAUUUCAGCAGCUACACCUAAUAAACUGCACCCCUGCUAAAAUUCCCCCUUUUGCGCAACUGUUACAGUAGUCCUGACCUCUUUUUCAUCUGACCACUAUAGUUGUCUUUUGACUCCACAAGCCAAUCCCUGGUCACCUAGUCCAGUGGUUCUCAACCUGUGGGUCCCCAGAGCUGUUGGACUACAACUCCCAUCAUCCCUAGCUAGCAAGGCCAGGGCUCAGGGAUGGUGGGAGUUGUAGUCCAACAACAUCUGGGGACCCAGAGGUUGAGAAAUGCUGACCUAGUCCUAAUCGAGAAAUCUACUAUACACCUUACCAGCUAGUUGGCUCAGAUCUAAGGUUUUGCAAGCUUCUGCUAUCUAGCAUUAUGUUUUACAAGGUAACCUCAUUAUGUUGCAAAUGGACUGGAGAAGGUUUUGAUUUUAUAAUUCCUUCCUUUCAUCUAGGAAGCUUAACUUCUUGGUAUUUUCCUGCCAUUGGUGUGUUGGGUUCCUCUGCUUUGCUUCUUUGACUGUUCAUCAGGUAUGAAGAACUUCUGGUCCAGUGUUUCUCAAACUUGGGUCUCCAGCUGUUGUUGGACUACAAUUCCCAUCAUCCCUAGCUAGCAGGGCCAGUGGUCAGGGAUCAUUGAAGUUGUAGUCCAACAACAGCUGGGGACCCAUGUUUGAACACUGUGCCUGGUUCCUCAGGUUUGCUAUCCCUACUGUACAGAGGGCACUUCCGCUUCUCACUUCCUACUUUGGAGUUCUCAGAAUAGUAAAGAAUCCAUAACAGAUUACUGUUUUCUUUAGCUCCUUGCUUCCCUACUUCUCAUACCUAUAGUAUGAAUAGUAAUCUCAUAAUACAAGACUCCUGAUAAUCUAGGUUACAAAUGCACUUCAAAUCAUGGUUACGGUAACUGGUUUGUGGAGAUAAGUGUUAUGUACUGAAGUUCUCACUCUGGGCCAGCAGGGGGAUACUGUAGAUAGUUUUCACUCAGGUCCACAUAUGCAAAUAAGGGAUUGAAAGUGACGUUCAGUGAUUGGAUAGUUACAGAAAGUUGUUACAGUUGCAUUGUACUGGAGCUCUAUAUAAGCAGGCUGGCUGAACCCUUCAGUUCAGUUCUGUUCUGGCCUGUGAAUAAACAAGAGCUGUUUGAAGAAUUGCUGUGUUCGUCUGAUAUGUUCACCCACAACUUAACAUUAAGCACAGUUAGAAUGAGCAAUGGUUUGUAUCAGGAACUAAAACAGGAAAAUGGUGCUGCUGAAAGGAAUGGACUUCACAUGAAUGGCUGACUCCCGACUAGGAGAUCAGAGUUUGCUAGAAAAUACUCUUCUUCCUCCAACAAAGGAAAGUUUACAAAACACACUUUAAUAAAUAAUGUUCAGACGCCCUGAAUUUUCUCCCUCGGCAAAAAAAGAGAACUUUUUAAUUUUAAAAUCAAUAUGAGUAACAGGAAUCUUUCUUUUUCUUGCCUUUGCAGGAUGUGUCCUCGUGGUGUCCAUAAUAGAACAGCUUGCUCAAGUCCACAAUUCUACAGCAAAAGAAGCUCUGGAGAGGCUCUGUCGCUACUUACCUGGUAAAAAAGCAAUGUACCAUAUGUUGGUCUGUUCAGUGAUUAUUAUGAAUUCACACGUGUGACUGUAAAUGUUGCACUGCUAUUAUUAGUCGCAACUUGGCUUAAUGCAACUGAAGGCUAUCAAAGCGUUAUACAUGGGACCUAUUUUUGCUUCCUUAAUUUGACAGCAAUUCAGUGUUUAUCUUGUUUAAGGGUGUAAGAAUAGCACUAGUGAUUCAGAUGGAGGGCCAUUGUAUGUAAUCAGUAGAAAUGUGGUUCUUUCUCUGUCUUCCUUUAGGUCAGCUGUUCUCAAUUUUUUUCUCUGGGCCACACUUUCAGAAUAAACAUUUGCUCGUGCCACACUGAUUUCUUUCGUUUCUCUGUUCAAACAGUGAUUCUGGAUCACAACUAAGAUUGUCCUCAGCAUCGCUUGAUGCUUUUGCUCCCAAUUAAAAAAUAUAUCUAUCCAUCUUCUGCAAAUGAAAACACAUUUUGAUACUAUACUAUACUAUACUGUACUGUUCUGUACUAAAUGUUUCUUUGAAGAUUCUUUGAAUCUUCCUGCCACGCUUGCCAACUUCUCUUGCCACACCAGUGUGGAGUGCCACACCUUUGAGAACUACUGAUUUCGGAUGUAGAUGGAGAGGAUUAUUUGAGUGGUUCCUGUUGGGGAAAUAUGUAUUACGCACACCGAAAAGUAUCGUGCAAGGCAGAAGACUAAGCUAGAGCACACAUCCCUGACAUUAAAAGUUUAUAUAUGCAGGGGGGUUUUGGUUGCCCCAGUCCAUUCCAAUAUGCGUUUCUAAAACAUGUGCUGUCUGCAGUGGUACAACACAGAGAAAACAAACUAUUCUACACUGGUGCAUGCUGAGAUAUGUGUGUGUUUAGUGAGUUAUUCACCAUGAUCCCAGGAUACCUUUCCUGGAUUUUUAUUAUUAUUAUUAUUAUUAUUAUUAUUAUUAUUAUUAUUACUAUUAUUAUUGUUGUUGUUGUUGUUGUUAUUUUCUGGCUUGGUGAUGAAGAGAUGAGGAAGAGAAAAAAAGACAGGAUGUGCCCAGGCAGGUAGGAAAAUAUACAGUGGUACCUCAGGUUACAUACAUUUCAGGUUACAGACGCUUCAGGUUAAAGACUCCGCUAACCCAGAAAUAGUGCUUCAGGUUAAGAACUUUGCUUCAGGAUGAGAACAGAAAUCGUGCUCUGGCGGUGUGGCAGCAGCAGGAGGCCCCAUUAGCUAAAGUGGUGCUUCAGGUUAAGAACGGUUUCAGGUUAAGUACGGACCUCCAGAACGAAUUAAGUACUUAACCCGAGGUACCACUGUAUAUUGCUACCUGUCAGGUCACAGUGGGAGUGUCUCUCGCAGAGUCCUCUCUAGUCAACUUACAGGAAAACUCUCUGAGCUUCUGCUCCAACCAUGUGCCUAUUUAGCAAUACAGGAAUUGUUGGUUUGAUUGCACUUUAAAUAUCCCACACCAAAGAAGAGUAACAAAAAGCAUCAGUAGAAGAAUAAUCAGAGGCCGCAAUGUCUUACAAGGUACUCACUUUGGGGACGGACACUAGCUAGCUUUUUAGAAGAACUGGAGAAAUGAAUGGAGGACGUGCUCCAUCACUGACAAUUUGCUGUCACGGGAAAAUGUCAGGACGCCUCCUUGACAGAUGCUGGGGGAGAGCUUCAGGGGACGGAUCCAUCACGUUCUGCUUAUGAGCUUCCCAGAGGAAUCUCACGGGUGAUUCUUCCGUUCUUAUGCUAAUCUUCUCUUACUGCUACAUCACCUAAGCCAAUCAUAGUUUUUGAGGAGUGGCAGUUAGUCCUUUUGAAUAUUUAUGAACAGGAUUUGUGAUGCCCAUAAGAAUUCUGCGCAUUAAAAAUUAUUGUAGCCAGAUGAUAUUUUAUGUCUCCUUUCUCGAUGUUGUGGCAAGAGAAGGAGCAUGGCUAAGGGAUGUGUGUGUAUUAUAAAUGCACAGCUCUCCGUCUCUUGUUCUUUGUCGGAGGGCAUGUUAGGGAAUUGAACAUCUCCAAUAACUUGCCUUUUUGGCAAACAUUUCUAGCAGUGCUUUAAGGAACCCAUUUUCUCCCCGCCUUCUCCUUAGCUUUAUACUAGGAGCAUGAUAAGAACAAGGAAUCUAGUGUUAGUCAAGGGCACAAUUUUAAUUGGCCAAAUUAAACUUAUGCAGAUUAACCAUAAUGUGAAAAAUGGACAGAGAGGAAUUCUCUUUAUAAGGAAGGACAAUGAGAUAGGCUAAAAGCUCAGUUGAAAUACAGAUGACUCACCUCAGAUCAGAAGGAACAACUGUGUGCUUUGAAGUUUCAUGAAGAAAUUGUAUGACAUGAUUCUUUUCUUUCUUUAAAAGAUGUUUUUCUUCUUAAUUUUCUUCUUUUACAUCUUGCCACCUUGCACCUAGAACAUUCACCGUGCCCUUUUAAAGCUACUGAGAAUGUAGAUUUUUUUAGCAGCUGUACUUGUACUUUUGUACUUCUUUCUGUAUUUGCAUAUUUACUGAUCCAAAAUACUUGUUGCAUGCUAUCCCAAUCUCUGAGAGGCGUACAUCUGCCUGUUUAAACCCACUUGUACCUAUCUUUCCUUGCUUCCUUCAAAAAUAACCUCUGAUAUUCAUUAACUUAUUAACAGUGGUUUUUAGAGUGUCUUACAAUUGGAACUGCAAAGUUUAGUUGGUAAUCAGUGGGUUAAUCAACUAAAGAUUUACGGUGGGGGCAAAUUUUAAUUGGUGAGGCCAUGAAUGAGUUUGAAGGGCACUUAAAUAUAUACAUUUGUGGAUAUAUAUCCUGGUUUCAGUGUGCUGCUUUUAAUGUGGGGGCAAAUUUUAAUUAGUGAGGCCAAGAAUGAGAUUGAAGCACACUUUCGUUUGUUUUUAAUUAUUAUUUUGUCUUUGCGCUGUGUGAUCUCGGGGGAAAAGAAUAUAUUAAAGAUAACCUUUCAGUCUUUCACAUGAGUGAUAGCAACGAAAUCAUCUCAACAGAAAAGGCAGCUACGUUAAGGCCUUACUAAUCUGCAAAUCUGUUUAAAUGCAAUUGUUUACAUGAUCACUCGGUUUAAAGGUAGCUAAAUAGUCAACUAAUAAAUCGUCAGCCAGUGGACAGCUUUAGUCCAUUUAUCCUCACAAAAAUCUGUUGGGUGGUUUAGGCUACAAGAUUCCUUGCUCAAGGCUGACCAGGGCUCAGCCACAUUUGCACUUGUCCCGUUUUGAGAAAACAUAGGUAUGAGUAGUUUUCCACUUGCUCUGCUCCUUUCCCAGGGAAAGCCUGGUCCUUAGCUCUAAAUCAAAGCAAACAUCAAUCUGGAGAAAAUACGAAUUGCCAUUUGCUCUAACUGAGCACUGAAGACACACCACGCAAAUAUCCUGCUUUGAGCAGGACAUUCUGGAUUGACAGAAGCCGCCCCAGAAGCUUCCUGCAACAGCAUAGCUGUCAACCUUCCCUUUUUUUGCGGGAAAUUCCCUUAUUCCAGCGCCGUUUCCCACUGCUUUCCACUACUAUCCCAGAUUGUUAAAUAUCCCGUAGACUGUCCCCAGGACAGGUGAGGCUGCUGAUCCCUUAUUUUCAAAUCUGAAAGUUGACAGCUAUGUGCAACAGGCCAGUGCUGAAAGUUGUAUCAACGGAAGUAUAGUGUCUUGAGGGAAGUCAUAGUCUUGCUCUAUUCUGCCUUUGUCUGACCACACCUGGAGUCCUGUGUCCGGUUCUGGAAGCCACAAUUUAAGAAGGCGUUUGACAGGGUAGAAUGUGUGCAGAGGAGGGUGACCAAGAUAAUCAUGGGUCUGGAAGCCAAGCCAUAUGAGGGACAGUUGAGGGAAUUUGGUAUGUUUAGCCUGGCAAAGAGGAGAUAUGGUGGCCAUCUUCAAAUUUUUAAAGGGCUGCCACAUGGAAGAUGGAGCAAGCCUGCUUUCUCCUGCUCCAGAGGCUAGGACCCAGACCAAUGGAUUCAAGUUUUUAACUAAAUAAGAAGAGCUUUCUGUUUAACAGUGGAAUUGGCUCCCAUGAGAGAUGGCGGACUCUCCCACCUUGGUGGUUUUUAUGCAGAUGUUGGAUGGCCAUAAGUCAUAUAUGAUCUGGUUGAGAUUCCUUCAUUGCAGGGAGUUGGACUAGAUGACCCUCAGGAUCUCUCCCAACUCUACAAUCCUUUGAUUCUAUGAAACAGGAUGCUGAACUAGAAAGACACUUGCUCUGUUCCUGCAGGGAAUCUCUUGGCUUCUUAAUGGCACUUUGGUGUGUUCAAAUAGUCUUUUAAGUAUGUGCACUCACUUUUUAAAUGUGUUGUUUUCCAGAAAAGUUGCACUUACAAGGAGCAUGCAUUCUGACCGCUGAAAUAUUUGGACCACAUAUAAUUAAGUUGUGAGUAUUAGCGCGUCAUAAAAAUAAGUAAAUAUGUAUGCUAUGUAGCCAUUUUAUACAGAGGCUAAAAUAUUCAUUUCCAGUUGGUGCCUGACAGGUGUCCAGAUUCAUUCAUCAUUUUAUUUACGUUGUAAAGUUGCUUGUUGUUUACCCUUAUUAUACCUUUCAAAAUCUUUCUGUGUUAGUCGUUCUCCUUCACUUUUUAAAAAGGAACCAUAAUAAUAGCAUAAAAGGUAAAGGUAAAGGGACCCCUGACCGUUAGGUCCAGUCAUGACCGACUCUGGGGUUGCGGCGCUCAUCUUGCUUUAUUGGCCGAGGGAGCCGGCGUACAGUUUCUGGGUCAUGUGGCCAGCAUGACUAAGCCAUUUCUGGCGAACCAGAGCAGCACACGGAAACGCUGUUUACCUUUCCUCCGGAGCAGUACCUAUUUAUCUACUUGCACUUUGACGUGCUUUCAAACUGCUAGGUUGGCAGGAGCAGGGACUGAGCAACGGGAGCUCACCCCAUCGUGGGGAUUCGAACCGCCGACCUUCUGAUCAGCAAGUCCUAGGCUCUGUGGUUUAACCCACAGCACCACCCGCGUCCCAGUAAUGACAUAGAUAAAGGGUAAAGGGACCCCUGACCAUUAGGUCCAGUUGCAGACGACUCUGGGGUUGCGUCGCUCAUCUCUCUUUAUUGGCCGAGGGAGCCGGCAUACAGUUUAUGGGUCAUGUGGCCAGCAUGACUAAGCCGCUUCUGGCAAACCAGAGCAGAGCACGGAAACGCCGUUUACCUUUCCUCCGGAGCGGUACCUAUUUAUCUACUUGCACUUUGACAUGCUUUCAAACUGCUAGGUUGGCAGGAGCUGGGACAGAGCAACGGGAGCUCACUGACCUUCUGAUCGGCAAGCCCUAGGCUCUGUGGUUUAACCCACAGCGCCACCUGUGUGACAUAACCAAGCUUAAAUAAGGUUGCAUCACACCAAGGAAGCCAAUGAUGUAGGGCAUAGGUUUUCAACCUUUUGAGCCCAUGGCUCCCUUGACCAACUAAAUUCUUUCUGUGGCACCCCUGGGGGGCUCAGGAGCCCAGUUGGUCACCCCUUGCCUGCAGAGCUGGCAGCCUCUCAUCCCUUUUCAAAAACCCUCGCUUGUGGAGUAUGUCCUCAACCUUCUCUUUGCUCCCCUCACCUUGGGAGUCCUCUGGGCAGCCGCAGAUGCCGCCCCGGCCUCUGAGUUGCCCCUCUCUCUCAGCCCCAAAUAGAGGUGCCUCUUCAGCCUGCCCAAGCACCCCCGGGUGAGCUCUGGAGGCACCAUUCACCUGGGGAGCUUGUAGCCAGGGGUGCUGCAACAAGCAGCUGUGCAAGCCUUUGGGAGGCAAAGACAUGAGAGGGCAUCAGAGGAGGGAAGCAAAGAGGGACAGAGGCUAGUGUUGCCCACAGCACCCCUGACCAUCAUUCAAGACACCCCAGGGCACCACAGCACACUGGUUGAAAACCACUGUUGUAGGGGGAAGGACCUUAGAAAUAGGACCAUAGGAACAUAGGAAGUGGCCUUUUACCGAUUCAGAACUUUGGACGAUCUAGCUCAGUAUUAUCUGCAGCGGCUGUCGGGCCCUCAAGGGUUUCAGACAAGAGUCUCUCUUAGUCCUACCUGGAGAUGCCAAGGAUCAAAUCUGGAACCUUCUGCAUGAAAAAGCAACUGCUCUGCUGCUGAACUACGCCCUUCCCCAGAUAUGUGCAUGUGUGCAAUACCUAACACAUAUUUGAGGAUCCUCUAUGUUGCACCAAAAUAUAAGAGGAUGUUUGUGUAACAUAGCUCUGUGCUCUCUCGUUUGACAGUGGAGUUGCUUAGCAAUUAUUGGUCUGCUGGUGAACGUAAAUUGAACUGUUCUAGCUAACCUAGCUUGCAGUUAAUGUAAUUUUCUUCUUGUUUCCAAUUUCUGACCUUAAUCCCAGCAUUUCAGAGCCUUGUAAGCUAAUGUAACCUCCUUUCAGAUUAGUGUUGGUGAAGUGAAAGCUUGGUGAUUAUGUAAUUAUAUAUCUUUUGAGUACAUAACCUAAAAAUGAAGCAGUACUUCUAUAAUCAAGUAAUUCAGUAAUAUCAUAUUGAUUAAUAUAGCACACAUUCAACAGCAAGUCUGACCAAGACUUGGUAAAAGUCAAGAGUAUCACUGAGAUCCACCAAUAUGAAAAUCAGUGGUACACUUUUAGUCUUUGUCUUUCCUGUAAUUUGCUAAAAUAGGGACAGCCAUUCUGAUGUUUCAUUUAUCCACUGCUGCAAAAAGGUUUAGAAUCUAGGGCUGAAAAUAAUCACAACCCAGUCCAAAUCACCGAGCUAUGGUCAAACAGGCCUAUAUUAAAAUGGAUCUUUAAUUGUUUUUGUUUUUUUAAGAUUUACAUUUCCACUGAAGGAGCUGGUAUUUAGUCAAAAGAACCUAACUGAGUUUUUGCUUUUUGGCAUCAUUUCCUUUCAGGAUGGAGCACAAAAUGAAUCCAGAUGUGGUGUGCCAUUCCAUUGGCUUGUGCAAACAAAAGCCAGGUCAACCAUUUUGUCACCUGUACCCCCCUCCUAAGGUGAGUUCUGCUGGGAAAUGAAAAGCCAUCUUUAAAUUUCUUGUUCAUAAGAGUCUAUCCAAGAAAGAGGGCAUCACUCUUUCAGUCUCAGAACCACUGAUACAUCAGUGAACAACUUUUAAUCUGAAUGAAGCAUUGGUAGGUUAAGCCAAUGGUCAAAUGCGUUAAAGAUUGCACCUGUCACUUGGUAGCUUUCUUCAUGCUUGUACUUUACCUUUCUUGCACCCCUUUUUGUUCAUUCAUUCAUUCCAUUUCCCCCCUUACUUUUCUUCCAAGAAGCUCAGCAAGGUCCCAUGCCUCCCUCCAUUUAAUCUUCACAACACCCUGUGAUGUAGAUUAGGCUAGGAGAUAGUGAUUGGUUCAAAGUCACUCCCAGCAAUGGUUGGACUAGCAAAUACCAUUUUAUUUCUAGAACAGCAUAACUGUUAAAUUUAUAGCGAAUCACAUAUCAGUUCUAUUUAAUGGCAUUUCUAGAGAUAGAAUAGCUUUCCAUAUCUUUGAAAACACAGACUCUUCUGAGAUCAGCAAAGAUGCAGCGGAUGCAAGGAUCUUUGUUGUGUAGACUCUGAAUUCAGACCUGGGUUCCCAGUUCUUUGGGAAGACUUUCUUUGUGCCCACAGUGGGGUGAUGGGGGAAGAAGAACCAUAUGCAACCAGUGAUAUAGGCUGACCUCUCUGCGUCUCUCCCAGCCAGUCUGCAAGCUGUCAUAUGGUGGUGGCCAGUGCUAUUUUUCUAGAAAAAGAGGUGCCGGAAUUCCCCAUGGGCACCUCCCUCGUUCCCUUAGAAUGGUAAUGGCACCCACCCGAAAGGUGCCAGAACUGAGUUCUGGGGAGUUUCAGCUGAAAAAGCCCUGGUGGUAACUAUAUUGGAUGCCAGAAAAAAGAGAAAGAGGAACUCAGUCCACUGAGGGGAGGUCAAUCUACAACUGCUAGUCAUGACUGCUAAGUGGAGUCUCCUUGUUCCAAGGCAAUAUACUUCCAUUUCAGAGCUGUUGGGGAAUGCUAUAGGGUACAGCAGUGUCCCUUUUGUGAGACUCCCAGAGGCAACUGGCUAGAUGUUUUAAAAUGCAAAAGCAUGAUCUUUGAUCCAAGGCAACAAGGCAAUUUUUAAUAUUCUUUAAAAUAGCUUGGUUUGCUCUUUGUAGCGGAAUUCAACCUCCGUGGCUCAUGGGCAUGUUAAUAAAAUAUUCAGAAUGGAUGUAGGUACCAUUGAAAUAACGAUCACACCACAAGAGUUGCAGUGUCUGAUUCAUGGGGACAGCUCCAGGCAUUUGUGCAGUCUCUUUGCAGCCGCUGCGAAGUUCGGCAUUUCUUAGGGCCUGCCAUUCCGGCCAUCCAAAUGACUAGGCAUACUGAGCACUCAAGCAGAAAGAGAACUUUUGUUUCCCUGCUUUCCCUUCUGGCGAGAGAUAUUUCACUUGCUUCGUGGUUCGUUCUCAGGCUGCAGUGUGACAUUUGACAGAAUCAGACGUUACACAGUGGCAGCCAGUGGCGUAGCGUGGGGGUGCAGGGGGGCCGGCCGCACCGGGCGCAACAUCUGGGGGGGGGCGCUCGCACUCGCAGCUCUCUGCCCCUACCUGGCUCACUCACUCUCUCUCACUGCAGUGCUGGCUGUGCGAAUCCGAUCCGCGCCGCUGGGUCGCCGCCCACUGUGGAGGGGGUGGGUGCCAGGCGUGCGGUGCGGAGAGAGAGCGAGGGACUAUUUGGGGGAGGGACAGUGCAGCGGCCGCCCAGCGCAGCACUGAGUGCGGGAGAGAACCACACCAGAGCAGCCCAGGCAGCAGCAAGAAGAAUCUGGCAGCGGCGGCAGGUUAGGGGUUAGGGGGCGCAAAUUACUUGCCUUGCCCCGGGUGCUGACAACCCACGCUACGCCGCUGGUGGCAGCAAACGUUGAACAGAAUAACAUAUAGCACCUUCCCCCAAAAAGCGGUAGAUAAUUUUCUAUACAAAUCUGCUUUGCUUGUAACCAGCUGCCUGUGUCAUGGCCUAGAAGGCAAAACCUUAUCAUGCACCUACUGAGAUCAUGCCAUCAAACAUUCUUUGAUACCCAGGACUAUGGCUUAAUUCACAUAUUAUUACUACCUGCUCUGUUGACUCUUUUCCUACGAUUCAGGAGUGGUCUUGUGCCCCUUCCUUCCUCCACACAAGACCUGAAAUGUGUGAUCUAGGGACUUUGCUUUCAUAGCUGUACAUGUGUGGCUUCUUUCCCCUCGAAAAACUGUGGGAAAUUAUGUUGCUAUUCCAACUACAGUCAUACCUUGGGUUAAAGACGCUUCAGGUUAAAUCUUUUCAGGUUACGCUCCACGGCGACCCAGAAGUAACGGAACGUGUUACUUCUCGGUUUCGCCACUCACACAUGCACAGAUGCUCAAAAUGACGUCCAGUGCAUGCGCAGAAGCGGCGAAUCGUGGCCCGCGCAUGUGCUGAUGCGCAGACGCGGGUUGCAUUCUGCUCAUGUUGCGAACAGCGCUCCGGAACGGAUCCUGUUUGCAACCAGAGGUACCACUGUAAAGGUAGCCAUAUGUCCUGACUGAGGCAGUCAGCUCUGCUACUGUUCUAAACUGUUCUUGUUAUUGUUCCGUUACGCAUCCAUUUUGGCCUGGUCUCUUCUCUGAAAUAGCUUGACAUCUUAGUUUCCAACUGCUCCGGAAGUGCCAAGACUGUCACAAAACCCUAAAGCUAUUGCGGCUUCUUGCUUUGUCAUGCUGAGUCCCGAAUUCCCAUCCUUGUUGAGGAACGCUAACUGGAAAUAGCUUCACAUUGGGAGAAGAGGUGGGAAUAGAGAGCUGCCGACUGAGGCCACCUUCUCCUCCUCUCUAACACCUCCUUUGCCACCAUUCCUGGGAGUCAGAGGGAAGAGUCUUGUGCCGGGUCCGAGGGAUGGAGCCAGGCCAGCCAGCCCACUGGUAGAGUAGCAACAGGCUGCCACGGGAGGCUGCAACUCUCUGGUCUGGCGGGCCCCUAGCCACUCACCCAGCUGGCCAUGCCAAAUAAAAACAAGAAGGAGAAAGUGAGCCCCGUAUUCCAAUAGUUUCAUUCAAAAAGUGGUCUUCAGCCUUUCAGCGCUUUGGAUUGAAAGCUAGCAAUUACAUUCUUCUUCUGCAUUAUAGAAGGCCAUAGUAAACAAACAGAUGGUCCUUUUUUAAUUAUUUCCAUUAGGCAGAGUGCGCAGAAAUGUUUAUGAUUAUUCAUUUAUUUAGAUUUCUAACCCACUCUUCAUUAAAAAAUAAUCUCAGAGCAGGGUACGAUAUAAUAAAGCUAAUGCAUAAUAAAAUAUAAGUUGUGUGAAACAAAACACCAUCAGCACCGUAUGAUGCUGUGUUAUAUGUUAUAUAAUAAUAGUAUGAUUUUUCCCCACUAUUAAUCGCUCUUUAUCAUCUUAUUCUCCAUAAAGCUGUUUCUUGGAGAAGCUCCACAAAACGUCAUGAAGUACUUUGCACUUCCCAACAACCAAAAUGGCAACAACUAAAAAGCAACUCCAGUUGGCUCCUUAUUACAUUUUUCCAGUCUAAUGUGAUUAGGGUGAUGCAGAACUAAAACCAAAUCAUUAUCCUUACUUUAAUACUUUCUUGUAAGUGGCCCAUUACCAGUGCCAUCUUAAUUAGUAGGACGGUGUGACGGACAGCAGAGUCUGGUGCUGCAGUGCCUCUGAAUCCCACCAGAGGGCUGAAGCCUCUCUCUGAUUGGCUACCAGAAGGGGGUGGAGCCAGCACUUUGGGAGGGCGAAUAAAAGGAAUUGUACUUUGUGAGGAAAAGAACUCUCAGCACCCAUAAACCCUUGAGAAACUACAUUUCCCAGGGUUCUUUGGGGGAAGCCAUGACUGUUUAAGCGGUAUGAUACCUCUUUAAACAUAUGGCACAGAUGAGGCCAAAUUAGAAUCUACCUUUCCAUAAUUAAAACCAAAUUUUGGCUGAGACUUUUUGGAAACACGUAAAAGAAUAAAGUAAAGAGUAUUGACAGGUACUUGCUGUUGCACAGGACCAGGCCACGUGUGAGCAAGUUGCUGGAUGAAAUCACAAUGUGGUUUCAAGAUCCCUGUGGACUCCGUGCAGGGCAGUUCUUACAGAUCAGUGGAGCUGUUGACAAGUACCUAGAGAUGUCUGCAGAUUAAAAAUGAGUCCCCUUGCCCACUCCAGUUAAAUUCAGGUGGCCUGCUGUGUAAGCUGUGCUUUACUAUUCUUAUUUUUCCAGUUUGGAGCAGAUCCAGUGAGUGUUGAUGAAGAUUCUGAUUCCUACAUUGAACACUCCAUAGGUUCUUUCAUUUUAAUGCAUGGAGAUAUUGUCCCCAUGUAGGAAAAGUGGAGGUGAAAGUGAAUUUAAUUUAUAGUUCCUUACCUCCAUGGGGAAAUGGACAAGCUUUUUACUGCAGCUGUAGCCUGUGAUACUUCACCGUGGGAGGGUUGGGGAGCUUGUGACCCUCAUGGGUAGGCAAACUAAGACCCAGGGGCCGGAUCCGGCCCAAUCGCCUUCUAAAUCUGGCCUGCGGACGGUCCAGGAAUCAGCGUGUUUUUACAAGAGUAGAAUGUGUCCUUUUAUUUAAAAUGCAUCUCUGGGUUAUUUGUGGGGCAUAGGAAUCCGUUCAUUUAUUUAUUUUUCAAAAUAUAGUCCGGCCCCCCACAAGGUCUGAGGGACAGUGGACCGGCCCCCUGCUGAAAAAGUUUACCGAUGGGAAGUGUCCAAAAACAUCUAGCAGACCAGAGGUUCCCCACUUCUCUGGUAUAAGGGAUUCUGUCUCACUGAGCAUACUUCCACAAACUCCCGUAAGCGCACUCCAAAAUCUAAUCUCUGAAUACCACCAAACAGAAGUUUGUUUUCUGUGGCUAGCAAAGCUUACUUCGGAUAUGAACCGUCAGCCUUAAGCAGAUUUAUAUUCCCUAGCAUGGACCAAAAAAAAGGGCUUGCAGAGAAAUAAAUGAACAUUUACAAAUGGAAUGUGAUGGAAGGUAAUCAAAUAAUUGAUGGUGGAUCCAGAAAGAGAUAAUUGAUUGUGCCCUUGCAGACACAUUCUUUAUUCCCUGCCCAGCUAAGCCUCAAAAGGUAGGAAUUUUCAGAGUGUCAAUAGGAAUAAUAUACUGCUUUCUUUUUCUGUUUUAGAUGGGCUUCAGUGUGGCUAUAAAGGAAUCAGAAAGUAUGGUUGCAAAUCAGCUCAAGGUAAGGAAGGCUGUUUUCACUAUGAUUGUGCCUAAUCAGAACUGGUUAAGUCUGAAGCCAGAUGGAUAUAAAAUAUUCAGAAAUGUUCCUGAAUAAACAUUAAGCAUUGUGGAAAGCCUUGCUUUUACUGCUGUGUGAAGAAAAAUGUAACCAUUAAGGAUAAAGGAAUAACAACAAAAAAAGAUAUUGAAAUGGGGACCCAAGAUAAAAAUAUAUAUCAAACACAAAAGAGAUGUCUAGGUGUCGGGGGAGUUAAUUAUAGGAACUUCAAAUGUUCUACUGAAAGAUUCUCAGGUAGAAAUUGUCAAUUACAGACAUUUAUCCCUGACAAGGAUCCAUUGCUCCGCACUUGCUAUCCCCCUCCUUUUCUCCUUACUCCGGUUUUGACAGUAUGUAAAGAAUAGUGGUUUUCCAGUUUAACAUCACACCUAAAAUCUUAAAUCCCAAAUGUUCCUUCCCUUGGGAGAAGAGCUGCGCUCUUCCUUCCAAUUUAUAUAUGUUUGUUUAUUUAUUUUGCUAUGGCCUAAGUUUUAGCUCAAUGGAGAAAAAUUGCCUUCACCUUUUUGGAUUUGACCAAUUCUGACACAACAUUGCUGAGAGAGGUGGACCAGUGGUAUUUUUUUAUUUUAUUUUAAUUUAUUUUGUUCUAUUUAUUUAUUUAACUUCCAUAUCUCCCAUUGUCAGAAAAAGGGGAGAAGUUUAUGACAUAGACCACCACAAAGUCAAUACAAAACAUGAUAUAUGUCCAAUAUAAGAAUCAAAACAGCUAUAUAAAUGCAAUUAUAAGCAGAGGAAAUAGAUAACAGCAGUGGUAUAAUACAAUAUGACAUCAAUCCUGGCAUGACUGCACUGGUUGCCAGUUAGUUUUCAUGCCCAAUUCAGAGUGCUGGUUUUGACCUAAAAAGCCUUAAACACCACAGGACUGCAGUUCUUCAAGCAUCGCCUCUUCCCCGUAUGAACCAACCGGGACCCUGCAAUCAUAAUCUGAGGACCUUCUUUGUGUGCCUCCUCUACCUCUACCAGAGACCCGGAAGGUGGGAAAAACAUGACUGGGACUUUUCUGUGGUGGCUCCUGUUCGUGCCAUGCUCUCCCCAGGGAGGCUCAUCAGGGGCAUCAUAAAUAAAUGCAAAUUCUCAUAAUAGCAGCAACAUAAAAAAUAGGGGGGACACGAGUAGUCUAAACCACUGAGCCUUGGGCUUGCCAAUCAGAAGGUUGAUGGUUCGAAUCCCUGUGACAGGGUGAGCUCUCGUUGCUCGGUCCCAGCUCCUGCCAACCUAGCAGUUUGAAAGCACGUCAGAGUGCAAGUAGAUAAAUAGGUACCGCUCUGGCGGGAAGGUAAAUGGUGUUUCCGUGCGCUGCUCUGGUUCGCCAGAAGUGGCUUAGUCAUGCUGGCCACAUGACCCGGAAGUUGUCUGUGGACAAACACCGGCUCCCUCGGCCAGUAAAGUGAGAUGAGCGUGCAACCCCAGAGUCGUCUGCGACUGGACCUAAUGGUCAGGGGUACCUUUACCUUUAAAAAAUAAGGGAGGGAAAGAUCAGCAGCGGGGUAUGUAAAAUACAAAAAAUAAAAUAAAAAAACAAAGAAUCUUCACUCUAACCAAAAAUAGCUCUAAAUCAUGGCACCAACACAGAAAAUGUCUGACCCUCCCAGCUCUCACCUGAGACCUUUCAUGUCCCUUCCCAUUUUCUCCACCAUGGGAGCAUUUUCCUGUGCUGCUCAAUUUCUGCAUUACUUUCCCAUGCUUAGGCAUUCACUACUGCCUUUAAAAUUGAGAUGAGGGUGUAAAACAUUGCAUGGGAAGACGCUGUUUGAACUCCAGGUAUGCUGAUCUCAUGUUACCUAGUAGCAUAGGAGGAAAGCAAAUCCGUUUGCCUUCGGGCUAGAUAUACUUUCACUUUUAUGUUUCAGCUGAGCUGUAUGGUUUGCUCCCUGUUUUCUGUGGGUAUUUGAUUGCAGUGCAAAUGGCUUUCUUUUCUUUCUUUUUCUGCUGUUUGCAAAGGAAUUAUGAUAUUGCUUCUUCCCAGGUUAUUGCUGUGAAGCUGGUCGCGGAUGUAAAAAUGUAGAUUUCUAAUUAAUCCCUAGGUUAAUGCUGAACAGUGAUGCCAGGGCAAUAAACAACACCCUGUAAAUAAGCAUUUUCAACUCAAGUUUAGAAGCAGCUGGAGGCAUGUGAGCAUCUUCAGAUAAUUAUUACCUGCUCUGCUGCCAUAAAUUGCUUGGAGGGAGAGGGAUGAAACAGGAACACAGCAGAAGUUGCACAUCCAAAGCUUGGGCCCCGUCUGCACUAUACAUUGAAAGCAGUUUCAUACCACCUUAAACAGUCAUGGUAUCCCCCAGAGAAUCCUGGGAAUGCUUGUGCUCAGAAGUCUUAAAGGUAAAGGGUAAAGGGACCCCUGACCAUUAGGUCCAGUCGUGACCGACUCUGGGGUUGCAGCGCUCAUCUCGCUUUAUUGGCCGAGGGAGCCGGCGUACAGCUUCCGGGUCAUGUGGCCAGCAGGACUAAGCCGCUUCUGGCGAACAAGAGCAGCGCACGGAAACGCCGUUUACCUUCCUGCCGGAGCAGUAUCUAUUUAUCUACUUGCACUUUGACGUGCUUUCGAACUGCUAGGUUGGCAGGAGCAGAGACCAAGGACGGGAGCUCACCCCGUCAUGGGGAUUCGACCCGCUGACCUUCUGAUCGGCAAAUCCUAGGCUCUGUGGUUUAACCCACAGCGCCACCCACGUCCUUGGGAAUGCUUGUGCUCAGAAGUCUUGGGAGACCCCUAUUCCCCCAAGGAGCUACAAUUCCCAGAAUUCCCCAGGGAAGGUUAUUGACUAUUAAAUCUACUCUGAUAAUUGUAGCUGUGUGAAGGGAAUAGGGGUUCCCUAACAACUCUCCGCACCCUUAGAAACCACAAUUUCCUUUGGGGAAGUAUAAUGCAGAUGGGGCCUUAGUCUCUUUUCAUUUUUAAAAAAAUAAUAUUUAUUAAUUUUCCAACCGUUUAAACACAACAAAACAGAAAAAAACCAAAAAAAAUACAGCAAUACAAUACAAUACAAUACAAAAACACUACAAAACACUAACACAUAAGACUAACAAGACAAGACACAAACCAUUUAAAACACAGAACAGUUUCAAUAUCUUAUCUUUCAUUCCCUUAUUUCCACGACCUCCUCACACCUCCCUUUUUGUAUUCCACUUCUGUUAAUUGUUUCAGCAAUUCCUUUCCAUCUUCCUCUGUUUUCUAUCCUAUAAUUAUCUUAACACAUUCUAACCUUAUUUUUCCCUUUAAUACUCUAUUAAUCUAUUUAUACUUGAUUCCUUAUAGCAUUUCUACUAAAGCCAUAUAAAUUCAUUCCAACAUUUUUCUAACAUUCAUUAUUUUUACAGUAUUUCUAUAAAUAGUCUUAAACUUUUUCCAGUUUUCUUCCACCGACUCUUCUCCCUGGUCUCGGAUUUCUGCCAGUCGUUUCCGCCAAUUCCAUAUAGUCCAUCAACUUCAUCUGCCAUUCUUCCCGAGUAGAUAAAUCUUGUGUCUUCCAAUACUUCACAAUGAGUAUUCUUGCUGCUAUUGUUGCAUACGUGAAAAAAGUUCUAUCCUUCUUUAACACCAAUUGGCCGACCAUGCCCAGGAGAAAGGCCUCUGGUUUCUUCAAAAGGGUAUAUUUAAAUACCUUUUCAUUUCGUUAUGAAUCAUCUCCCAAAGUGUCUUAAUCCUUGGGCAUGUCCACCAAAGGUGAACUCUAAUCCUCAAAUUCGUCUGUUUUUCUUAAAGUUCAGUCAUAGCAAGCGUCAACUUAUGUUCAUCAAAUUGCCUCUGUAGGGCUGGGGCUCUCUUUCUCUUUCUCUCCAGUUAUGUUACUUUACAUUCAGCAACAACGGCUUUUUCCCUGGCUUCCUCCGCAGUUUGCCGUAUCAAAGUAGGUUCCUGUAUCAAUUUCUGGGUGGUUUCUGUAUUGGUAUUAUUUAUACUUUCUAUAUUUAAGUUAAUUUUAGUAAUUGAAACAUCCACUUUCGCAUUUAUCAUGUCCAUUUUCCUGUUAAGCUGAUCCAGUGAGUCAUUUAUCUUAUAUAAUGCAGCCACUAAAGCCUCUUCUGUCGACAUUCCUCUUGGUUUUAAAUAUACUGGUACAAAGGCAGCGACAGAAGGAGCAGGGGGGCCUGAUGAUGGACCUCUCCUGGAUUGUUGCCAAGUCCUCCCAGACCUUAAUGUUUUGUCAGCAGUUGACUGGUCUGUUUUUCCUCUUCCAUUUACCAUAACACUUAAAAGAUUCAAGGUCAGUCCCAGAGUCUCACGGUUUUUAACUUGCAGCUGGAAAUUCCCCUAACCCAGCUCUUGUAAAGCAACCGGUUUCAAAGGCUUCCACUAGGGGGAAACAGUUUCUAUUUGUAAUAGUCAAUAGUAUCCUCUUUUAAACAAUCCAAAAUUCAGUUUCAAUUUUCAGUUACUUUUACUCCUUUUUAAAGCAGCCGGAGACAGUAGAAACAAUGUAUUUCUCUUGUUUAACUAGCUGUCAAUGAACGUUCUAAACGCUGUCAAUGAACAUUCCAAAAGACGUCAGUCCUGCUAGCAGCCCGUUUCCAGGGUCAGAGCGGCGGUGUUUUAAAUCUCUUCGCUCUCUCCCACAGGCAUACUCAACCCGCAACUUCCCCUCUCUUCUCCUGCCUCCAAGAGGGGUUUAAUGUUCUUUACCGAUAGAAAUUUAAUCUUUUACAAAAGGCUUUCCAGGACUCCAGCUUGCAACUUCAUUGCCUCAGUCUAUUUACAAAAGGGGAGGCAGACUUCCUGUUUUGAACCUCCCCGUUACGGUACCAAAUUAAACAUUUAGAAAUCCAAUUCUUCCACUUCAGCUCUACUCACGGGUAAUUCCUUUAGAGUCAAAUUGUCCACAGGAAAAGGUCAGCGCUCUCCGGCAACAGCUAUGCGGCUUCGCUCCGUGAAAGAAGCAGACGAUUCGAUGCACUGCGCCGCUCACCCAACGUCGCUCCGGACCCCCAAAAACCAGGGUUCCCCGCGAGUGGGGGGGGGCGCAAAAGGUGCCCGCCGAAUCCCACGCUCACAGGCUUCUCCCGCCUUUGAUUUUAACAGGUCUCCGCCUUCGCCGUGGCGGCCAGACCCAGAUUCCCACGGAGCAGAUUCCUCCCGGUCAGAGGAAUUCCACCAUUACCGGAGGCACCUCCCCGGAAGUGGGCCUUAGUCUCUUUUCAGAUGAUACCUUUAUACUGCAGGACUUGCCAUCUGCAGAUUCGGCUCAAAAGGACCCUGUCCAAGACCAGGGGAGCUACUGGCAGUCAGUGUAGGCAAUACUGAGCUCGAUGGAACAGUGGCCUCAUAAGGCAAGUUUAUGUUACAUCAAUGGUGAGGUCGUGUGACUAAGGACCAGAACUGUUGCUUCCAGAGGUUCACAUGGAAGCUGCUAUGUGACUUUCCAACUUGUCAUCUUUUGAAGCACCAGAACCGUGGAUGCUCUUUUGCAACAUGGUCAGAGGGGGCCUCAUCUUCUCUCAUGGCAGACACUUUGCCUUUUGAGCAAAUGAAGAUAUAGCUUUUUUCCCAUUUUUUCAGCCCAUGCAGAAGAAGCUCUGCCUGUGGGGCCACUUAAAUAUAGUGGAUGGACAGAGAGCUGAACUAGGGGGAACUGGAUUUGAAUCCUUGCUCAGGUCUGAAACAGCCACACAGAGAAGAGAUCAGGGGCACAGACAGUAGCAACAUCCAGAACAGUCCAAGGCCCGGUUUUAAGGAAAGCUCCAACAAGGGCUCCUGCAAAACGCAGGUCAAGGAGUAGUUGAAGUAAACCAAGGUUUCCGUAGACAUUUUCCCAGCAACGCUGGUGGCAUUUUGGGAUGUGUGGGAGGGAGUAGACUAGCAGCGGUGCCUGUCAAAAAUGUGAAGUGUUUGAUGUUAAUGCAACUUUGAGAAGUAGAUUUUUAAUCUACUUAAAAAUUCCAAGCUGAAAAAGGGAAACUUUUUUAAUGCUACUUACAGAUAGGUUUAGACAUAAGUAUGUCAGUGAAUGUGGGGUGGGGUGGGGGAGGGAUGCAGUGCUUUAUAUUUAUUCAAAGUGGGAGUUUCUCCUCCCGCACAGUUUCCAGAUUGGCUUGUCUUCCUAUCUGAGCUGCCUUUAAUUUCAAAGGAUUCAUAGCACAAUGCAAAAUGUCACGACUCAGUCUGAAGCUGAAAAGCAAGCAAGUUUUCAUGUUCCAAAAAUCCACAGCCGCCCCGAGGGCUUUAAGAAUAUAUCCUGGAGGUUAUGUUCACAUGAGCGGGUAAAAUAGUGGACAUAGCCAGGUGGGGGGGGGGCUGUGCCCCCUAAAUCAAGUAAAUAAAUAAAAAUACUUAACGGACUAUUGCAUAAGAUAACUCGGUGCUGCCCCCCCCAACAUAAAUCCUGACUACAGUGGUGCCUCGCAAGAUGAAAUUAAUUCGUUCCGCGAGCUUUUUCGUCUUGCGGUUUUUUUCGUCUUGCGAAGCACGGUGUCGGGAAAGUUUUGGAAAAGCUUCAGAAAUCACCAAAGUCUUUAAAAACCUCAAAAAGGCUACCACACCGUGUUCUAUGAGUUGCUCCUCGAAGUCAAGUCGCAACUGUAUUAACGGUGUUAAGAAAAAGGAAACAAACUUGCAAGACGUUUCCGUCUUGUGAAGCAAGCCCAUAGGGAAAAUCGUCUUGCGAAGCAGCUCAAAAAACGAAAAACCCUUUCGUCUAGCGAGUUUUUUGUCUUGCGAGGCAUUCGUCUUGCAAGGUACAACUGUACGCCUAUGUGUUCCAUACAAACACACCUAUACAUAAAUACAAAUUACUGUAAUGAAAAAUCAUGCUUACAUAUUCUGGUUGUAGCACAUGUCUCAGAAUGUACUGUGCUGUAAUAGUGGAAGGGUUAUAUGAAGACAGCCAAUGAAUGACCAAAAAAAAAAAAAGGUUACAUGGUGCUUUGCUAUGGUAACUGAGUAUAGGAGUAAUUUUUUGGUGCCUUUUGUGUUGCAUCCCAUAGAAAGGGAAUAUAUAAGCCAUAUGGGAUUUUUCUCUUUCCUUUGUAUGCAUGGUUAUCUGAGUGUAUUGUCUGGAACUUCCACUCAAGAAUGCUGGUUCCUCUGUCAGGUUAUCAGGGCAAAUGUGCCUGUUUCAUUUUUUCACAGCAAACCUAGUGCAAAGUGAAUAGUUCACAGUUCUUCCGUGCUCCUCAUAUGCUUCAAAAUCAUGAAAUGCAGCAAAUGGACAAAGGGCCAUUAUUCUUUUAACAUGACAAAUUAUAUGGUUCUAGCCUGGAGCUUAUCACAGUGGUCCCAGAUUUUGAAAUGAUCGGCUCUUCAGAUGAUUGAAUACAUGUACCAUGGAUUUAUUUGAGGGUGGAUGCCCAAAUGAUGGACAUUCAUAAAAAUUUAUGGCAUGCGUACCUGCAUGCAUACAACCCCACCAGCAAUGAAAACCUCAUAGCUUGAGGGCAGUUCAUGCCUUUAAUAUCCUAGUGAUGAAUUUCAACAGAUGAAUUUAUUGUUUUCAUAUACAAGAUGAAAUUCACCGUUUAUCAAAUCACAUUUUAAAUAAGAAAGCCUCUUAUUUCAAUGACAGCAUUUCCCAUCGAGGGAAAUAAAUAUUUUUCUCCUCUCUUAAUAUUUUAAUAUGAGGGACGUGGGUGGCGCUGUGGGUAAAACCUCAGCACCUAGGACUUGCCAAUCGCAUGGUCGGCGGUUCGAAUCCCCGCGGCAGGGUGAGCUCCCAUCUUUCGGUCCCAGCUCCUGCCCACCUAGCAGUUCGAAAGCACCCCUAAGUGCAAGUAGAUAAAUAGGUACCGCUUUAUAGCGGGAAGGUAAACGGCGUUUCCGUGUGCUGCUCUGGUGCCAGUUCGCUAGAGCAGCUUCGUCACGCUGGCCACGUGACCCAGAAGUGUCUGCGGACAGCGCUGGCUCCUGGCCUCUAGAGUGAGAUGAGCUCACAACCCUAGAGUCUGUCAAAACUGGCCCGUACAGGCAGGGGUACCUUUACCUUUACUUUUUUAAUAUUUUAAAAGUAGAGUUGUUGUGCUUUUGAAUAUGAAUGUUGACGUUGGUCAAGCUGAAAUUUCAGUCACGCAUAGCCCCAACCACCAAGGUGGUUUUAAACAUUUGUGCUGAGAAGGUUUUCGUUCCCUCCCUCUUGGAUCUAAGGCCUGCUAAGCUUGCCAACUCUGGAAGGCUCUGGGACGCUCUCCUGAGAUCAUACGAGUCCCUGCAAGAUCUUGUGCAAGUAUCACAAACCUUCCAGGGCCAGUGCAGCAAGCGGGCCUUGUCCAGCAAGGAAGGCUGGGAGCACAAAAGCUCUUUUCUUAAACCACAGAGCCUAGGACUUGCCAAUCAAAAGGUCGGCGGUUUGAAUCCCCGCAACGGAGUGAGUUCCCAUUGCUCGGUCUCUGCUCCUGCCAACCUAGCAAUUUGAAAGCACGUCAAAGUGCAAGUAGAUAAAUAGGUACCGCUCCGGCGGGAAGGUAAACAGCGUUUCCGUGCACUGCUCUGGUUCGCCAGAAGCGGCUUAGUCAUGCUGGCCACAUGACCCAGAAGCUGUACGCCGGCUCCCUCGGCCAGUAAAACCAUAUGAGCGCUGCAACCCCAGAGUCAGCCAUGACUGGACCUAAUGGUCAGGGGUCCCUUUACCUUUAACCCAAGCAGAUACAGUGCAAAAAGACCAGGGUGCUGGUUUAGCAUGCUGGCUCUGGGAGUGCUAAACAUGAUUUUAUUGUAUGCACAUUACCCUUGGAACCAACCCCCCAUAAGAUGAGGGAUUACUGUAUGGCAUCUUAUAAAAAAAGUCUUUGUCUAGAAAUAAAAACCAGGCUUUAUUUUUUUUACUGCAACAAUUCAUGUCCCUCUUCUUGGUAACAUCCUCAGUCCAUCCUGUAGGUCUGCUGUGUUUGUCACAUAUGGGUUAAUGUACGGUAUUGCUUAUUUUCAGCAUAGCUCUUCAGGGGCUUAUCAUUGUUUUAAAAAUAUUUUGAAGUGGGAAAGUAGGGCUGCAUGUGAAGGCAAAAUGCUGGUCAUCUGUUAUUUCUGGUGUUAGCUGCCCUGAGCCUGGUCUUGGCUGGGGAGGGCGGGGUAUAAAUAAAAUUUAUUAUUAUUAUUAUUAUUAUUAUUAUUAUUAUUUGUAAUAAUAAUUAUUAUUUUGACCAUUGCAUUCAGGCUCUUCCAUUACUGGGAAGCAUUGGGGCAGAAAUUAACGUAUCAUAAGUAACUAUGAGGAGGAGUUUUUUGUAUUGUAAGUAAGGUACAUCAAACACCAGCAUAAAAUUAAGAAUUUAGUUGUGUUCAAGUUUGAGAAGAAUGUUUCCAUUGCUGACUUUCUGCACAGCUGUGAAUUUGUUUGAAUGCUGUUUUGCCCAGGAAUUUAGAAAUACAGUCAUGUUAGUUCCCGAAGGUCGCAAACCCAGAAAUGACUGUUCCGGUUUGCGAACUAUUUUUGGAAGCCCAAUGUCCGACGUGGCUUCCGUGGUUUCCGACUGGAGCUUCAGGAAAGCCCCCCUGGUUCCCUCUCCUUCCCGCUCAGAAGACUCCUCAUCUUGGAGCAGCCCCUGAUCCCCUCACAGGGCAGGGCGAGGAUGAGGCCGGGUGCUGAGCAAGGAGGAAGGGGCCCUGGCAGAAGGGCCCCCAGAGAGCCUUCCCUUUCCCCUAUGGCAGGCGGGUCAGAGGGUGCCUCAAGGUCUCAACCCCUUUCUUCAGGCCCACAUCCACCCUCUCAGACAGGCGGUCCCAAGGGGGUGGGCUCCCUUGGGAAUCACUGCCCCUCCCACUUUGGCAGCAUUUGGGACGCUAGCACCCCUGGGUGACCCAUGUAGAGCAGCCACUUGACCCUCUCCUUCCACCUUCGUGAGACACCUUCACCUCAGUCAAUGCCUCCUUUGAAAGAAUAGGUGGUUGACCUGGCUAUUGCUGAGAUACAUCCGACAUUUGAAAUAUACUCGGAGUCGAGUGUGGAUUUCAUGCUCUUUAUUCAGCUCAUAGUGGUGAGGAGGAAUGGAAGUUCCCCCAGAAUGUCUGCCUUAUUUGCAUUAUUUACACAAUGGACCCCAUGUGAUUGACUAAUUCCGGGAUUCUCCUGUAGGCCAAUCAGGUUGUGGAUUCCCUUCCACCUGGAGCUGGAUUGCGUGGCUCCUGUGGACCAAUCAAACUGCUACAUUCUGGAUCCUACUGUUCUAGGACCAAUCAGACUGCUGCAUUCUGAAUCCUAUUGUUCUAGGACCAGUCAGACUGCUGCCUUUUGGAUCCUAUUCAUCUCAGUACAUAACACCAUGGAUUCCAAUUUCCCCCUACGGGAGAAGCAAACGCUGGUACUUAGUGUGAUAAGUUCCUUCUCUCUAGGCAGAAUUGGGAUCUGGCCCUCCCAGGGGCUGCGUAGAGGGGAGGCUAUCAGAUGCUGAAUCUUGGAGGGUUGCCCAGAGGACUAGGAGACUUUUGGUCCAGGGGCCUCCUAUUUUUUCUUCCCUUCUUGGGCCAUAUCAGGAUUAUUUCUGCUCUCCCCUUCACCUGGACUAGUUAAAGGGGCCAGUAGGAACCUUUUCUUUCAUGCAAGUGAACAAGAGGGGCAUGUUCCUUUGAAAUCACUGUGUUCCUCUCCUGUUCCUUAGUUGUUCUUGUGUGACUAUACAGUUACUUGCUCAAGCAUGGGUUGAACUGGAGCAAGGGGCUUGUCUCUCCCCCAAAGUAUCCUCUAAGUUUUUUUUUUAGAGACUUCCUGCCAGUGGUGAGAUGGGCAGAGACAAACCCACAUUCUGGAUCCCCGUUCUCCCCUACAGAGAAGGAACUAAUCAUGCUAAGUUCCAGUGUUUGCUUUUCUCCUCCUAGGAAAACAUUCAUCGGUUAUCAGGCGUGUGUUCAGUUCCUUUUCUGAAGCAGCUGUGUGAGAAAAUCCAAUCGUAUGUAUUAUUUUCUUUUUUUAAAAAAAUAAAUCUUUAUGCUACCCAUUGAUUAAAAUAUAUUUUUAGUUUACUGCAGAAGGUAGAUAUCACACACACACAAAACACCACUUCUCAAACAGCAUAACUCCUCCCCAUUAUAUUCUCUGAGAAAGGAGAUAUAAUCUGCCGGAUAAUGUUGGUGCCACAAGAGCCAUUUGAACACUUACAGAUCAAAAUGCUGUACAGUGGUGCCUCGCAAGACGAAAUUAAUUCGUUCUGCGAGUUUUUUUGUCUUGUGAAUUUUUCGUCUUGCGAAGCACGGUUUCCCGGUUUUAAGAAAAAGGAAACAAACUUGCAAGACGUUUUCGUCUUGCGAAGCAAGCCCAUAGGGAAAUUCGUCUUGCGAAGCAACUCAAAAAACGAAAAACUCUUUGGUCUUGCGAGUUUUUCGUCUUGCGAGGCAUUCGUCUUGCGAGGCACCACUGUAUUCAUAGAUAUGUUGUCAUUUGUUCUCCAUGUGCUGAUGUUAAUGCACUUUUAAAUCUUGCUGCCCGUGUUGGCUUUGUGACUCAGUUCCACUAUAUACGUAGAAGGCCUAGAAGCUGGAAAUGUGUUAAUAGCCACUUAGCACACAGGUUAUAAAAAAACCCUUUUCAGCAGGGUAAGAUUUAUGCAAAAUUUGUGUAAUGUCACAUUUCGUGAAAACGUCACUGACUCCCUGUAUAUUAAAGAUGCUAAUGCCAGCACUACGAAAGAGUAACUGAUAUUAUCAAGGAUGGAUGCAAUAAAUAUAGUGUGAGAUAGAGGCAAUGUCUGGGUACUUUACAGUGGGGACGAACAGCCCUUUUUACAUCGAGGGCCACAUUCUUUUGGGGGUAGUCUCUCAGGGUCCACUUGCCAAUUGUAGGUGGAGCCAAAGUCAAAGAGAGGCAAAAGUAUUAUCCAGAAUCAUUUCCACCCUGCUUCAGUUUUCACUAUUGGAAAUUGGAUUAAAAUUUCCAGUCUUGUGUCAGUCUAUUCAGAAGUAAGUCCCACUGCGUUUGAUGGGGUUACUCUCAAAAACUGGCGGAGGAAGGGGGCGGGGGAGCAUAUCGCCCCUGACACCAUUGGGGAGGGUGGUACCAUCACAGCUGCCCUCUGACAAUGCACCGUGCACCCCCACCAUGUGCCAUGCCCCCGGGACGCAUGCCAGCCACGCCUCUGCCUGCUCUCCGCCCCUGGUGCUGGAACAUGCAGCUUCACCACUGGUCUCAAAUAAGUGUUAUGGGGGGUGAAUUAUAAGAACAGUCCAAUAUAGAUACUGUUCUGGAAAGCAAAUGAAAUUGAUUUUUUCUGACUUUAGUGUGCUAGACCAUAGCUGUCAACCGUCCCUUAUUUGGCGGGAAACUCCCUUAUCCCAGCGCCGUUUCCCGCUGCUGUCCCAGAUUGAUGAUAUCCCGUAAAUUUCCCAGGUUUCAAAGGAAGCAGCUCCUCUCCCUGCCGGCCAGGGAGGAGGGAGGCUCCAACUGUGUUGCUUGGCUGCGUUGCUCACCCAAUAAGGAGUCUAAGACCGACUGGGGGGGUGGAGCUUGCAUGCCUUGUGCCAAUCAAAUCGGCCACGUUGCCUGGGGACUCGCCUUUGCUCAGCGCUUCCCAGCGGAGAGGUGACGGUGGUUUUCCUUGCUGCAUCCCCUUUGCCGGGUUGCUGCGCUGUGGGAACCACCACUUGAGGCUUCGUUUGGCUGCUGGCUGGGCUUUCUGCCUUUGGCUCAGAGGGGCUCAGAAGUUGAACAUACCUGUGCUCAGAAUCGGAUGGAUACAUCAUUGAUGGCCCACUCACCCUUGCCGGGGGAAAGGUCUGUCUGGAGCGGCGGCGCAUGGUGGGGGGGAAAGGAAAUCCCUUAUUUUGGCUGCUGAUCCCUUAUAUUCGAGGCUGCUGGUCCCUUAUUUUCUGUAAGUUGACAGCUGUGGGCUAGACACACACUAUAUGGCAGGAACCAGCCAAUUAACGAUCAGACAACUGGAUGGGGUUCUUUCCCUCAAGACAUAUAAGCCGGAAAGAUGUUUAUUCAAAAAUCAUCCAUUUAUUUUUAUACAGUAACAUACUGUUCAUCCCAGUUGUUCUGAAUCUGCACCAGGAGGGGGAAAAUGGUUUCAAAUGUAAAAAAAAAGGGGGGGUGAACAGAGAGGAAGGCACACUGAUGGUAUGCUAGAAUUGGGGCAGCUUCAAGAGGUAUCAGAGGCCGCAUAAAAUGAAGUCAGGGGCUGCAUGUGGUUCCUGGGCCUCAAGUUGUCCACCUGUGCCUUGCAGAAAGAAAAGGGGAAGCAGGACUAAAGGAAAUUAUUGAUUCUAAUACCUCAGAGCACCUGGCAGCACAGAUAUUUUCUAUCUUUUAACUAACACCAUGCGGUUUAUGUCAUCUCCUUACAACAUUGUUUAUGACUCUUGCUCUUGAUUUUAGCAGAGUAAGGAGGAAAGCUAACGGACCAAAGAAAACCCCCAAACAAAAUCUCAUUUUAAACAAGUGUUUUAGUGUCAGAUACAGAUUUACUGCAUAAAAUCUGUGAUACUAAAUCCCAGGGCUUGAGAGUGAAAAUCAUCCAAGUAGAAAGUAAAAGAAGCUCCCACUUGUAAUAAUAAAAGGAUAUAGCCUUGAAGCAGGUUUCUAAGGAAAAGGUAGUUUUUUCUUAAAAGCAUAUUUUAAGCCAAGACUUGGGUACCUUUCUGAAAACCAUUUCCCCUCCGCCCCAACCUUCAGGAGUUGGGUUAAUUUCAUACUCUAGAGCAGGACUGGAGUAUUGGCAAAACCUAUUUGGUGUUUCACAACUUUCUGACUAGUUGCAGGACCUUAGCCAUAUCUAGCAGAGUACACGCAGAAUCCAUAGAAGCAAUUGGCAACUUGGCUGCAGACAGGAUAGACAAAGCAGGAACCAGGAACUUGUAGUUAGGUGUUUAUUAUAUACAGUGGACUAUUUACAGGAACAGAACACGGAUCUUUUGCUAGCUCUCUCUGACACGACUCACAACUCCUACACUGACACACUGAACCACUGAACUCCAAACUACCACUUAGUAGGCCAUUAAUUAUCACUCCUUUGAGAGAGCUUGACCAAUCAGGGAGUGGUCUCCAUGUCUCUGUUAUCACCAGGCAGACUUACUCCUUCAGAUUGCCUUCUGGCUGUCUGCCAAACCUUAAUUGACUCUGUGUGAGUAGCUGCACGUACACAGUUUCCCAACAUGGAGGACCUUGGGCCAUUCAGAUGUUGCUGAAAUAUAACUCCCAUCAUUGCUAGCAAGCAUGGCCAUUGGUCAGGGAUUGCAGGCAGGACUAAUAGCUUAAGGUUGCCAUACAUCCGGGUUUAUCGGACUGACAAAAUGGUGUCCAGGCAGAUUUUAAUUUGGACCAUAUGUCCAUAUUAGGGCUGGGCCGAUGUAUCGUCCAAAACCGGUUUGAAGUCCAUAUUGUGAUACUGGUUUGAUCAUUUUUGACCUGGCAAUAUAUCAUGAAUCAGUGUGUGUGUGUGUGCGCGCGCGCACGCGCACGCGCUAUGGAAAAAUCACAAUAUGGGGAAAACCUUGAAGCCAACCAGUGCCUCUACAUAGCUCCAUCCUUAUUUCAGACUGUGAUACAGUCAAACUGUUAGUUUCUGUUAUCACUGUGCAGCUGUGUAGAGUCACAGGACUCUGUUUACAUUCCAGAGACCUUCAAGACUUAUAGAAAAGGGAGACGGGAUGUGACGUUAGUGGUUUCCUGUUUCCUUUGUUCCUUUGUUUCAGUUGCUCUCUGCUUCCAUAGAGAGAGGAUGUCUUUUCUGUUCUGCGUAGUUUAGAAAUAAAACUCUUUACAAUGUAGCCAAACCUCUCGUCUCUUCCCUGUGCUGGGAACCCUGCUGGAUAGAAUGUGCUUGAGGCCUUAUCAAAGGCUCAGGUCAUUAAACAUGUCGGAGGCGAUUUCAAAGGCUCAGCUCGGAGGAAGAUGAAGCCUUAUCGGCUUGGCCGAGCGGAGUUCCGACACAAACCUCUUCGUACGUCUGCAUCCUCUUGUGUCUAUUUUACCCAAUGUCCGUGGCAAACCCGGAAGUAACCGGUGGGUUUGCCGCCGUUUGCACGUGUGCAGAAGCUGGCAAUCGCCACCUGCGCACAACGGUGCCUCUCCUAGCAACCUGUUUUGACCUCCUGAGGCACCUCUGAAACAGAUUAUGGUCGCAGGUAGAGGUUCCACUGUAUAUCAGUAUAUCACAAUGUUUAGCUGGUGGUAUAUCAAGAAGUUGAAAACCAGAUAUCGCCCGGCCCUAGUCCAUACCAACGAGCUGUUCUUCAUCAAGAAAGUGAUGUUCUCAUGAGCUAGGGCCUAUACUUAUAUGGAACUCCACAGUUACAGUGCCAAGGAUGAAGGAAAGCAAGAACAAACUAUCUGUAUUCCAUACAUGUAAGGUAGCUCUGACCACCACUCUACUUGGAUAAGCUAUGUGAAAUUCACGUGUGCAAAUGUCGAUCAACAGAGGCUGAUGUGCACAAUGAUCACCAACCAACUUGCUCCAGAUACAUGUAAAUGUCCUGGUGCUCACAAUGACAAAUGUGCUUAGUUUAAUAUCAACUCCUAGGCCAAAGAAUGAAAACUGUUUUUUUUAAAGCUCUUUCCCAUAUAUAAUAACAAUUGCUUGCAGAAUAGAUGUGUGUAUAUUAGAGCUGUUAUUGGUGCAGAAGUGAUAAGUGGAACACUUUAUAGCACUCUUUGCAAAAAAAGAAAAAAGAAAAAUGUUUGUGAGCGUUGUGUUUAUCCUUGCAGACUUAUCCGUAGUAAGUUACCUUUCGAAGACUUUGAUGGAGAUAAAUUUAGUCUUUAUCCGGUAAGUAAAGUCAUAUGCCAGCAACAAGAUUCUCACAAGAGUCCCUCCUAGUAUCCAUAAAACCCAUCACUUUGUAAAGUAGUAGUCCAAGACCGUAGGGUACUCUCUAUUAUUUUGAAAUAUUGUUUCCUUUAUGGCGAAGAAAAAUAAUUAUUCCUUUUAUAUUCUUUCUGGAGGCUUGGCCAUGGAAAUACACUGCCCAGAGAAGCAAACUGCUCUGCCCAAGAGUGUCAUGUUUAUUGAAUUAUUAAUAAAACAUGAAGCAAACUUAUAUGAAAAAGUAUUAAAAUUGUCAGGGCGUCUUAUUUCUGCAUGAAAAUAAGCAGUGUGUCAUUUUUUUAAAAAAGGGCAGCUGGGAGGGUUGGUUUAUGAAUCUCUCUCCCCCUUCUGUAGUUAGAUUUUUAUUUUAGAUGUUUAAUGGUUGGCUGGAAGGGGGUGGAAUUACAAUGCUACACUUUUCUUCAUUUCUCUUCCUGGUUAGACCUUAAGAGGAUAUCACUGGAGAGGUAGAGACUGUGACGAUAUGCAGGCCUCUGUGUAUCCUGGCAGACGGUAAUUUGGGUGGUUUAAAUUAUUCUCUCUUGUUAGGACAAAUCACUUCUUUAGAUAUGAUAUCGUAGCUUCAGGUUUCCCCAAUAGCUUGGGUAGCUUUGUGGGACUCCAAAUGGUUUGCCCAUGAGAAGGUCUGCAUGAUAUAUGUGGGAACUGGUGUAGAGCGGAUUUAGAUAGUCAGGAUAGCCACAUAAGCAGAAACAUAGCUUAUGCAUAUCCUGAAUUGCUAUCUAUUUAUUUUCAGAAAGUAUUUUAUUUAUUAUAAAAUAUUUUAAUGCUACUUUUCGGCACUGAAACAUUCACAAAAACGCACAACAUCAUGUAUCAUAAAGAACAAACCUGUAUCUCUUUUUAGACAUUGCUGUUUUCCCAUACAGUUAUGUUUAAAAACUUUUUUCUAAAAAUUCUUGAGCGUUUGUUCAGGGCUUCAUCCAUUAGCAUCAGUACUUUACAUUGAUAGUCUUGAUGCCGGGGCAGGUGCUGGGAAAAAGCAUCUGCAAAACAUGGUGUGAAGUUACACGACUUCACACCAAAGUGAAAGUCAGCAUUCUGGUGGAAGCUGUGUGUGUGUGUGUGUGUGUGUGUGUGUGUGUGUGUGUGUGAAAAAUGCCACCUUAACCCAUUUCUGAAAUGUAUUAAUUUCCUUUCUAUUGUAGCCCUGAUAACUGGGAUGUAGAUAAGGACUCCAACUGUAAUGGAAUAUGGGUGAGUCAUUGGAGGUUAUAUUUUGACAUUUCCCACAGAUGUUCAAUUCCGAUUUUGGAAUCUGCCUAUGUGAGUUUUUACUUCAUGAGUUUUCAAAAGAAUAGACUUCCCCAGGUUAAGAAUACGUCUGUAAUGCCUCCACAGGUAUUACUUGGGGACAAUCUUACCUUUAAAAAACUGUUAUGAAAGUUGCCCCUGCUGCUUCUAACACUUUUGGAUAGUGAAACUGUCUUACAUAAGUAAUCCUUAUUUCAAAACUCGUGCAUUCAUGGGAUACCAAAAAGCAACAAGGUGAGGGUAAAAACCUGGUUUAUUUUAUUUCAGUGAUAGAUCUAGGAAUCCUUGACACAUGGCAAAUCACUUAUGAAAAUGAAGAGGAUUUCAAAAGGGCUUGUGAAAUGGCCUUGGGAUUUGCUGUUCAAAGAAAGAAAACCUCAGAGAAUUACGUGGGUCCUUGAGUGCAUCUCUUUGGAUGCUAGAAAUUGUGUUUACUACUGCUGCUGCUGCUGCUGUUACUACUACUACUACUACUGUUGAUUUAUUAAUUUUGUAUACCGCCCUUCAUCCAAAGAUCACAGAAUGGUUCACAACAGAAGAAUGCAAAAUGAGAAUACAAAAGACAUAACAAAACACAAACAAAAACAAACCAGUAACCCCCCUCCCACAAAUACAUUUCAAAAGCCAUCUAAUGCUAAUCAGCUGAAUGCCUGGUUGAAGAAAAAUGUUUUCGCCUGGCCCCCAGAGAUAUAUGAUGAAGGCACCAGUUGAGCCUCCCUGAGGAGAGUGUUCCAAAAAUGGGGAGCCACUAUUUAUGAUACAAUUAUUUCAUUAUCAGGAUUUUGAUUUGGUCGUUUAUAUUUUUGGUUACUUACAUGCUUAUAUGUAAGCCGCUCUGAAUAAUGAUUGUUUUAAUUUAGAUUAGUUUUAUUUAUCUUAUUACAUUAGGAAUCGGGGACUUGGGUAGCACUGUGGUCUAAACCACUAAGCCUCUUGGACUUGCCGUUCAUAAAGUUGGCAGUUUGAAUCCCCGUGACGGAGCGAGCUCCUGUUGCUUUGUCCCAGCUCCUGCCAACCUAGCAGUUUGGAAGCACACCAGUGCAAGUAGAUAAAUAGGUACCACUGAGGCGGGAAGGUUUCCGUGCGCUCUGGUUUCCGUCACAGUGUGCCGUUGAGCCAGAUGACCCGGAAAGCUGUCUGGGCAAAUGCCGGCUCCCUCGGCCUGAAGCGAGAUGAGCACCGCAACCCUGUAGUCGCCUUUGACUGGACUUAACGGUCCAGGGGUCCUUUAACCUUUUUUUUUAACCUACAUAUAACAUGUCUGGUUCAUGCUAUCCCUUUGUGUAUGAUAAAAGGAAGCCUCUUUACCCAUUCCAGCCAUCAUAGAAAAGUGAUCCUCAGCUAUUUGGGUCCCCCAAAUAUUCAUGUUGCUACUGCUCAACUUUUUCUAACAGACUGGGCUGCCUGCAUUUCAUUGUGUUGCUGGAACAAUUCCUGAAAGAAAAGGUGAAUGUGCAUGACUUAAUUGAUGCUUCUCCUCUCUCUCUCUCUCUCUCUCUCUCUCUCUCUCUCUCUCUUUGUGAGUGCGUUCAGCUCCAUGAGUUACCGUAAUUUUCUUUUCUCAUCCAUUAGGGUGUUGAUCCAAAAGAUGGCAUCGCCUAUGAGCAGAAAUUUUGUAAAGGUAAUUUCUCUAAUUUUAAAAUAUAGCUGAGGAUAUUGAUUGCAAAUUGCCCGAUUCAUCAAAAUAAUAAUAAUUCUGAAAUAUAUGAUGAAAAACAAAACAAAGGGAAUGUAUGAACAUACUACAAAUGAGGGUCAUUGGUACAAUCCUCAUGUUGUCGUCAGAUGUGCUGAUUCCUUUUGAAAGCCAAGCUCAGGGAAACCAAGCUCUGCAGGUGGGAAGUUAAUUGGCCUGUGGUACUGGUGUCACAGGACACAGGUGGCACUGUGGGUUAAACCACAGAGCAUGUUGUUGUUGUUGUUUAGUCGUUCAGUCGUGUCCGACUCUUCGUGACCCCAUGGACCAGAGCACGCCAGGCACUCCUAUCUUCCACUACCUCCAGCAGUUUGGUCAGACUCAUGUUUGUAGCUUCGAGAACACUGUCCAACCAUCUCAUCCUCUGUCAUCCCCUUCUCCUUGUGCCCUCCAUCUUUCCCACCAUCAGGGUCUUUUCCAGGGAGUCUUCUCUUCUCAUGAGGUGGCCAAAGUAUUGGAGCCUCAGCUUCACGAUCUGUCCUUCCAGUGAGCACUCAGGGCUGGUUUCCUUAAGAAUGGAGAGGUUUGAUCUUCUUGCAGUCCAUGGGACUCUCAAGAGUCUCCUCCAGCACCAGAAUUCAAAAGCAUCAAUUCUUCGGCGAUCAGCCUUCUUUAUGGUCCAGCUCUCACUUCCAUACAUCACUACUGGGAAAACCAUAGCUUUAACUACACGGACCUUUGUUGGUAAGGUGAUGUCUCUGCUUUUAAUGAUCCUGUCUAGGUUUGCCAUCGCCUUUCUCCCAAGGAGCAGGCGUCUUUUAAUUUCGUGACUGCUGUCACCAUCUGCAGUGAUCAUGGAGCCCAAGAAAGUAAAAUCUCUCACUGCCUCCAUUUCUUCCCCUUCUAUUUGCCAGGAGGUGAUGGGACCAGUGGCCAUGAUCUUCGUUUUUUUGAUGUUGAGCUUCAGACCAUAUUUUGCACUCUCCUCUUUCACCCUCAUUAAAAGGUUCUUUAGUUCCUUCUCACUUUCUGCCAUCAAGGUUGUGUCAUCUGCAUAUCUGAGGUUGUUGAUAUUUCUUCCGGCGAUCUUAAUUCCGGCUUGGGAUUCAUCCAGCCCAGCCUUUCGCAUGAUGAAUUCUGCAUAUAAGUUAAAUAAGCAGGGGGACAGUAUACAGCCUUGCCGUACUCCUUUCCCAAUUUUGAACCAAUCAGUUGUUCCAUAUCCAGUUCUAACUAUAGCUUCUUGUUCCACAUAGAGAUUUCUCAGGAGACAGAUGAGGUGAUCAGGCACUCCCAUUUCUUUAAGAACUUGCCAUAGUUUGCUGUGGUCGACACAGUCAAAGGCUUUUGCAUAGUCAAUGAAGCAGAAGUAAAUGUCUUUCUGGAACUCUCUAGCUUUCUCCAUAAUUCAGCGCAUGUUUGCAAUUUGGUCUCUGGUUCCUCUGCCUCUUCUAAAUCCAGCUUGCACUUCUGGGAGUUCUCGGUCCACAUACUGCUUGAGCCUGCCUUGUAGAAUUUUAAGCAUAAUCUUGCUAGCGUGUGAAACGAGUGCAAUUGUGCAGUAGUUGGAGCAUUCUUUGGCACUUCCCUUCUUUGGGAUUGGGAUGUAGACUGAUCUUCUCCAAUCCUCUGGCCACUGCUGAGUUUUCCAAAUUUGCUGGCAUAUUGAGUGUAGCACCUUAACAGCAUCAUCUUUUAAAAUUUUAAAUAGUUCAGCUGGAAUAUCAUCACUUCCACUGGCCUUGUUAUUAGCAGUGCUUUCUAAGGCCCAUUUGACUUCACUCUCCAGGAUGUCUGGCUCAAGGUCAGCAACCACACUACCUGGGGUAUAUGAGACAUCCAUUUCUUUCUGGUAUAGUUCCUCUGUGUAUUCUUGCCACCUCAUCUUGAUGUCUUCUGCUUCUGUUAGGUCCUUUCCACUUUUGUCUUUUAUUAUGGUAAUCUUUGUACGAAAUGUUCCUUUCAUAUCUCCAAUUUUCUUGAACAGAUCUCUGGUUUUUCCCAUUCUAUUGUCUUCCUCUAUUUCUUUGCAUUGCUCGUUUAAGAAGGCCUUCUUGUCUCUCCUUGCUAUUCUUUGGAAAUCUGCAUUCAAUUUCCUGUAUCUUUCACUAUCUCCCUCGCAUUUUGCUUGCCUUCUCUCCCCCACUAUUUGUAAGGCCUUGUUGGACAGCCACUUUGCUUUCUUGCAUUUCCUUUUCAUUGGGAUGGUUGCUGCCUCUUGUAUAAUGUUACGAGCCUCCAUCCAUAGUUCUUCAGGCACUCUGUCCACCAAAUCUAAAUCCUUAAACCUGUUCCUCACUUCCACUGUGUAUUCAUAAGGGAUUUGACUUAGAUUGUAUCUUACCAGCCCAGUGGUUUUUCCUACUUCAGUUUAAGCUUGAAUUUUGCUAUAAGAAACCACAGAGCAUAGGACUUGCCAAUCAGAAGGUCGGCAGUUCGAAUCCCCACGACGGGGUGAGCUCCCGUUGCUCAGUCCCUGCUCCUGCCAAAAGCACAUCAAAGUGCAAGUAGAUAAAUAGGCACCGCUCCGGCGGGAAGGUAAACGGCAUUUCUGUGCGCUGCUCUGGUUCGCCAGAAGCAGCUUAGUCAUGCUGGCCACAUGACCCAGAAGCUGUACGCCGGCUCCCUUGGCCAAUAAAACAAGGUGAGCGCCACAACCCCAGAGUCGGCCACGACUGGACCUAAUGGUCAGGGGUCCCUUUACCUUUACUGGUGUCACAAUGCCUCCCACUCCCUACCCCAGGGCAGUUUUGCUCUUUUAAAAAAGAAAAGUUUCUGUUUAAAGGCACUAUAUAAACCUUGUUUCACAUGAUAAUAGGCAAGAAGAGCACUUCAAGUGUGGGAGAGAAUCAGAGCUGUCGAUUAGCCAGCAUUUAAAUGGAGGCUCACUUCACCAGGGAAAAACAACAAGCCAGUCUUACAUUUUUUUUUAAAAAAAGCCUUUGAGUGUCCAAAUUUAUUCAUUUUCUUAUUGCAGAAUUAGUUACCAGUAAUUCUGCAAAAAGGGACGUGGGUAGCGCUGUGGGUUAAACCACAGAGCCUAGGACUUGCCGAUCAGAAGGUCGGGGUUCAAAUCCCCGCGAUGACGGGGUGAGCUCCCGUUGCUCGAUCCCUGCUCCUGCCAACCUAGCAGUUCAAAAGCACGUCAAAGUGCAAGUAGAUAAAUAGGUACCACUCCGGCAGGAAGGUAAACGGCGUUUCCGUGCGCUGCUCUGGUUUGCCAGAAGCGACUUAGUCAUGCUGGCCACAUGACCCAGAAGCUGUACGCCAGCUCCCUCGGCCAAUAAAGCGAGAUGAGCGCCGCAACCCCACAGUUGGCCUCGACUGGACCUAAUGGUCAGGCGUCCCUUUACCUUUAAUUCUGCAAGAGCCAAUGUUCCUGGGUUAUAUUAUGUCGUCAUAAUCUCAUGCAUUUUUAGAAGAAAGCUGUGAAUGAGUCAGUGAAAUUGUGAACUUGAUUUCUGGAGAUUAGGAUACUGCCGUUCUGUCCUGCUGGAGGGAUGCAAAUGACAAGAACCCAUUGCAGAACUUAGACCGGGUGGAAACUGGCUGAGGCAGACAUACUUGGUUGGGCGGGCUGAGCUAAAAUCAGGGGUGCCGACUCCCCCCCCACACACACACAUGGGGGGGUGCAUCAUGUGACACCCAAGAGCUAGGCUGGGAUGCAAGUGUGUCCUGCUGUGAUGCCAGCGUUUGUGUGCUGGGUAAGGAGGAGGAGGUGGAGUGGAGCCACAGGAUUUUUUGGGGCCAAUCCCGCUCCUUGAAAAUUUUGGGAGGGACUGAAGACCCCCUCAGUUCCCACUCCCCAGUGUACUUGGCUGAAAGAGAAGCUCUAUAGAAAGAGUUAGAAAUCACUAUAAAUACCUGUCAGGGAACUGACAUCGGAGCCAGAGGCGGAGGGAAGGCUCUCCAAUGAUGCUGGAGAAGGGCCCAGCAGGGAGAGACGCAGCUCAGCAGAUGGGGAAGCAAAUCAGCGCAACACCAGAGAUAAAGGGGGGCAGAUGGGGGAAUCGGUGAGAGGGCUCCAGGACUCUUCACCGGACACCAGCGGGGAGAGCACGGGUCCUCCGCUAACCACGCACUCCCUGCGCAGAAGACUUCCGCGCAGGGAGAGUAGGAGGAGACUUGGCGUCAAACAACUUUUAUGUUGGAAAAGGUUUAAGAAACGCCCACUGACGGAUUCUGCUAGCGACUGAGGCAGCCACGAAAUGAAGGGCUGUCCAGACAGAAAGGUUUAACAAGGCAACAUAGCCAGGAGAGGCGGCGACUUACGCACGAGCAACCCACACUCAUUACAAUACCAUAGACCUCAUGCUUCUGAAUUCAUAUAAACAGCCUUGUGCUUCUGAAUUCCACAUCCUAUUGCACAUAACAAUAUGUUAUUAAUGUAAUGUUGUUGCUGGCAGUCGUGGAGUUCUUUUACAGAGACAACAAUGCCACGUAGGCAGUAUCUAAAUUAGCCCACAGCAGAGCUCAAAACUGUGCACUUCCCGAUCAAACACAAAUUGAUCUAAUGACGGUGCCUGUACAUGAUGGAAAUCACCCCUGAAUAGAACUAACAUGGACCUUCCACAAGGUCUAUUCUUGUGCCGCCACUAAUGUUUAGUAGCUGCUUGGCAAACACAAAGCCAGUUAGUCAUUAAGGAGGGAACAGAAGUUAUACUUCUUCCUGAUUUUAAAAAGCCAGUUUCUUUGAACUGGUUCUCAGGACACAGUAGGCCAAACUCCAGCUUAGGGAGCAAGUUUUCUAGGUCUCCAGAACUCUCUAUGUUACACAAAGCAAGCUAAUAAAGAUGUAGCCCAAUUGUGGAUUUGGGGAGGCAUUUUCUCUCUCUUGUGGACUAGGACGACUGCCUUGCUUUUUAUGCGCCCUGAAAUUGCAAGAGAUGUUAUCAGGCACCAUCCAUCUUUAAAGGCUGGGUGCAGUGAAGCAGUCAGUGUUUAUGAGAAGCUUGUAAUUUUGCCCUAAUAGACCAAAUUGAGAGCAAUGCUCUCAAUGCCCUGAUUUCACUAAAUGUUUUACUUUUAUUGAACAUACUGCAGAUAGUAAAAAUUUAUGUUGCUCCCAGCAGGGUCCACUUUAAAGUACCAAUUCAAGCUUUAAAAGAAGCCUAAUAGAAAUUGGUCUAAUUUAGCAUGCACUUUUUGUAAACUUGAUUGAUGUGUCCAUUUAUUUUCGGGUUAUUUAUAGUGCAGAGGAAGUUAAAAAUCUUAUUUUAGGUUUGGAAAUGAGCAGAAAUGGCCAAAUCGUUGUUUUGAUUGCUCUUUGUGUGCUGGAACUGCCGUGUGGAUUUUCUUAAUGCGGUUGUGCUUUGUGCAGUAUACGGGUUUGCAAUGUGAGAAAAAAAUAAUUAAGCUUUUAAAAUUAUUAAUUGUCUUCCGUAGGCACAGAGUCCAAGGGAAUCAUUUUGUUGGGAGAUUCAGCUGGAGCUCAUUUUCACAUCCCUCCUGAAUGGGUGACAGCAUCGCAAAUGUCAGUGGUAUGUCGUUUCAGCUGGUCAUUGUACUGAUCUCAGUUGGCCGUCCUAUAAUUCACUUUCUUCUCUAUUACUAAGGGUGCCCAUUUUAACUGCCUUCUAUUAUAAAGGGUGCCCAUUGAGUGGCUAUAUAUUUCUGGGGAUGAUCACUUUCAGCCACUGCUGUAAUAAUCAUGGGAGGUUUUCAAGAUAUAUUAAGAAACCAGAAACUCUUCUUUAGAAAGGAAAACAUCUGUUCAGUUUAUUAGUACCAUGGAUGAUCUUGUUCCUCCCAUGUUGAUUGGUUGGUUAAAAUUAUUUAUAACCUGCUCUUCUUUCAAUCACACAAUCCCAGAGCAAGAAACAACAAUAAAAUACAAUAAAGCCAUAUUUCAUUUAAAUGGAACUUAAUGUGAAAGCAGACAAUAUGCUAACAUUGUAACUACAGCAGCCAAGAGGUGGGGGGGGGGGCACCAAUUUAACCAAAUGCUUGGUUGAAAUAUCUAUGGUUUUACCUGGUGUCAAAACUCCAUCAGUGUUGGUGCUUCAGAGAGGAGGGCAUUCCAGAAUUGGGGUGCCAUUAUUGAGAAUGUCCUCUCACAAAUCAGCACAUACUGUAUCUCAGAGAAGGGGCAUCCUUCAAUGACUACAAAGUCUGGGCAGGUGUAUAAGGAAGCAGGUGGUCUUUCAGGUAUCUGGGUCUUUUGGCCAUUAUAGCUUCCCCCACAGGAUGCGGGUGGCGCUGUGGGUUAAACCACAGAGCCUAGGACUUGCCGAUCAGAAGGUUGGCAGUUCGAAUCCCCAUGAUGGGGUGAGCUCCCGUUGUUUGGUCCCACCUUCUGCCCACCUAGCAGUUCGAAAGCACAUCAAAGUUCAAGUAGAUAAAUAGGUACUGCUCCGGCGGCAAGGUAAACGGUGUUUCCAUGUGCUGCUCUGUUUUGCCAGAAGCGGCUUCGUCGUGCUGGCCACAUGACCUGGAAGCUGUACGCCGGCUCCCUUGGCCAAUAAAGCGAGAUUAGCGCCGCAACCCCAGAGUCAGUCACGACUGGACUUAAUGGUCAGGGGUCCCUUUACCUUUAGCUUCCCCCACAAGUAAUCACACCUCUGUUCUCAUCUCAGAUGUUCUUGUCUUCUGCUGUGCUGACUACAGUAGAAUUACUACUUAUCGCUAGUGAAAUGUUCAUCAUUAGGGUCGGUAAUAAAUAUUUGCUGGAGCCGUUGACAACAGUGCCGUAGGCAGAAGGCAGAUUUGUGGGAAGCCCUUCAGCCAACAUUUAGAGAACCCUUACGCCCUUCUGGUUUGGAAAACAAAGUGUCUGUCAUUCAAGAGGCCAUGAUGUUUCCUCUGCAGCCAAACAUAUGAGAUAAGGGAAAGAUGCAGGAAGGUGCACUCAAAUGGUUUAUGUGUCAGCUGUGUUUUAUUGGGGUGCCCUGUUCGGUUUGAACCAGGUCAGUAACAACCAAUAAGCUCAUAGCCACCUUGUGCCUGGAGAAAUCAGACUGUCCCAUAACCACCAUUAUAACCAUCUGAAUAACAUGUUCAAGAGACACCACUCAGCCCUCCAGAAAGGCUUUCGAGGUGUUUCAGGGGGGAAAGGGCACAGCAAGUGUUCUUUCUGUGAAAUUCCAUUUGUCUAAAGUAAAAAAAAAAAAAUCAGACAGCAGAACUAUGCAAAGACCUGGUUGACGACAAGCAAUUAAUGUUCAUAUUUUACGGGUGAGAGACACUAAGGGAUUAGCCUAAGGCAAGCCAAGGCAGAGUGUUUUUGUUUACUUGCAAUUUUACUUUUUGUUAUACAGUUGGGAGUCAGAAAUGGCUGCCAAUCUACUGCUAAUCAUCUAGGUAAAGCAACUUUCUGCCCACGACCACCGCAUGAUGGCUUAAAAAGUGCUAUUGAUUUUCUUCCAAAAGAGAGAGAGAGAGAGAGAGAGAGAGAGGGAGAGGGAGAGGGAGGAACUACCCAAGUGGCUUAUUGAAAACUUCGAAGGGAAAUUGGGAGGGAAAACUGCAAUGCUAAAAGUAAAUAUUCAGCACCAAUAAUUAUUGCUGCAUUGUGGGCAGCAUUCAAAUUAAAAGCCACAUUGUUUGCAGUUUUAAUUUUCUCUUUGGAAAGCCUUAACUGAUUUAAAUAUUCGAGAUUGGCUGUUGUUUUUCUUCGUUAAUGCUUUAUGAAAAAAAAUGAUUAUAGGAAUCACACUGAUGACAGAGCAGGGGUGAGCAUAAUAAAUCAGAGGCAGUGAUAAUUGAGAUGAUCAUGCCUAAUAAAUGUGGUAACAAUACUCAGGAUAAUGACAGUAAUGACAAUGAAGCAUGAAAGUGAUGUGCUCAAGCUAGCAUUUUAGAUUGUGUCAGCAUUUCUUUUGUAAAUCCUGGAUGUUCGUGUUUUUCAACUUCUCCACAAGUAUUUUUCUCUGUGUUGUAAAUGCCUUGUACAGUAUUUUGAAGCAAUCCUUAGACCUACCUCCAUGCUCUGAUCUCAGCCUUCCCAGUCCUCCUUUCCCCUGAUCCUUAUUAAUCUGCGGGACUCAGGAAGCUGUGGCUGAGGUGGGGAACCUCAGGUCCAUGAACCAGAUUUGGUUGCUAGGGUCUAAGCUGAGCCCUGGAAUCUAGCUUAAAUGCCAAGACUCAGUACAGUGGUACCUCAGGUUAAGUACUUAAUUCGUUCCGGAGGUCCGUUCUUAACCUGAAACUGCUCUUAACCUGAAGCACCGCUUUAGCUAAUGGGCCUUCCGCUGCUGCCUCCGCCGGAGCACAAUUUCUGUUCUCAUCCUGAAGCAAAGUUUUUAACCCGAGGUACUAUUUCUGGGUUAGCGGAGUUUGUAACCUGAAGCGUAUGUAACCCGAGGUACCACUGUACUGAAAAACAUAAAGCACUGUGCUAUUUGCUGCCACAGGCGCAUGAUGUCCGCGGCUGGUGUGGGGAGGACCAAUAAAAUGAACACAGGAGAUUGGUAUUGGGUUGAAUUAGGCCACAACUUUAUUGAUUACAGGUAAGAGCAGGUUUGUCUAAGGCAUUGGGCGUGUAUUCAGCAACAGGCAUCCCACCUGCUGCCUGAUAGUAACCCAGUGAGGUUGACUGGGGAGUCAGGUGCCAUGACCCCACACAGGCUGCCAUUGGGAGAGGUGUAUUGGCCCAUCAGUCCCUGUGUGGACUCCUGGACAGAGUCACCCCUUUAAGGGGGUAGCCACACAACUAAGCAUCCAGCCCAAUGCCUUUUCCACCAGAGUUGUGAAAGUUUCUAUGAGGUAGACAGAAAGCUGCAAGCUGGCUAAUUUGCUUGCAGGGGGAAAUCCAUCCCUGGCCCCAAAUGCGUCAACCAAGUAAACCAUAUCAAGGUCAUUUCGCCAACCCGCCCGUGUCAGGGUGGGCCCCUACCAGACCGGGUGGGUGGGUAGAAAAUCCUGCAACAGUCAGCAAAGAGGGCGGUCUGCCUUUGGCUGCCAUCUUGAAUGUGGCAGGGGCAGGCAGGGCACAACCCCUGUGUCCCUGACCUGAUUGGCCGUGCAACCCAGGCUUGCUCCAAAUGGAGGGUCCAACUGUCGGUUUGCAAGCCCCCUCCACAGAGGCUGGCCCCUCUCACUGUCCUCGGAGCUUGCAUACCGGUAACCUCCUCUGGCUGACUUCCCGGACAGACCAGGGAGAUUUUGAUAGGCGACAUUUUCCCAAGCGUGGGUAAAAUGCACAACCCCUCCCUCCUGCUUCCGCAGGGGAAGAAAAUAAGUCAGAAAUCUAUUUACAUGAUGUUUAUUUCUGACAUUACAGCACUAGAGAAAAACACGUCCUUUCAGUUCAGUUCUUCUAGCAAGUCUGACAAACUUCCUGAACAUGCGCAAAUGGAAGGUUUCAGAUUACACUCUUCACAGAGACUUAUCCAGCCUGCGAACGGCCUGGGAAAUUCUUCUUUCCCACAGAUAGGCACAUGAUGUGAUGUCAACAAUCUGGCUGUCGGCAGCGGUGAUGUUUCCAUAUACUGACACCAACAUGGUUCCACAGGAAAAUGGUAGCCCUCUAGGAAGGACCAUAGCCGUGCUGUGUAGCAAGCACCGCUCCCCCCGGAGCCCUACAGAGGUGGGGCCAGAUAAGGAUCUGGCCCAAAAGGGCAAUAAAGGUUACCCACCCCUUAUAGUGCUCAGGAUAGUGCUCAGGAUGGCACCAAGCCAGGAGGGCAGCCUUACUAUACUCAAGACGUAUAAUAUAAUAAUAAUAAUAAUAAUAAUAAUAAUAAUAAUAAUAAUAAUUUAUUAUUUAUAGCCCACCCAUCUGGCUGGGUUUCCCCAGCCACUCUGGGCAGCUUCCAACCGAAUCUUAAAAACAAUACAGGGUCAGACAUUAAAAACUUCCCUAAACAGGGCCGCUUUCAGUUGUCUUUUAAUAGUAAAGUAGUUGUUUAUUGCCUUGACAUCUGCUGGAAGGGCGUUCCACAGGGCAGGCGCUACUACCGAGAUGGCCCUCUGCCUGGUUCCCUGUAACCUCACUUCUCGCAGUGAGUGAACCGCCAGAAGGCCCUCGGAGCGGGACCUCAGUGUCCGGGCUGGGCCGAGACCGUUUAGGGCUUUAAAGGUCAGCACCAACACUUUGAAUUGUGCCCGGAAACGUACUGAGAGCUAAUGUAGGUCUUUCAGUGUUAUAUGGUCUUGGCGGCCGCUCCCAGUCACCAGUCUAGCUGCCACAUUCUGGAUUAAUUGCAGUUUCCAAGUCACCUUCAAAGGUAGCCCCACACAGAGUGCAUUUAAGUAGUCCAAGCGAGAGAUAACUAGAGCAUGCACCACUCUGGCAAGACAGUCCGUGGGCAGAUAGGGUCUCAGCCUGCGUACCAGAUGGAGCUGGUAAACAAUUGCCCUGGACACAGAAUUGACCUGCACCUCCAUGGACAGCUGUGAGUCCAAUAUGACUCCCAGGCUGCACACAUGGUCCUUCAGGGGCACAGUUACCCCAUUCAGGAUCAGGGAGUCCUCCACACCAGCCCGUCCCCUGUCCCCCAAGAACAGUACUUUUGUCUUGUCAGGAUUCAACUCCAAUCUGUUAGCCGCCAUCCCUCCUCCAACCACCUCCAGACACUCACACUGUAGCCGAUCUCUAGGAAUAAAAUCUCAAGGGAAGGGGUUUGUCAUUAAGUCCUCCUCCCAAAAAGAAAUACAUAUAUUUUACAUGUCUGAUCUAUAAUUCUUGAUAACUAAUUUGUUUAUGGCCUAUAGCUGUGUCCUAUUAACUGUAUUUAAACUGCUUGAACUUCGUAUCAUAUUAAAAGCUAAUAUGAAAAGAAUAAUCGUUUAUUGCCAAUGUUCUGGGCAUGGAAGCCCAACUGGGUGAAGGGCAAGUACAGAAAAUAAAAUCCAUCCUGAUUUCUUAAUCUCUUUUAUAGAAGGCAUUUUCCAACCUUCCUGAGGCUUUUGCCGAUGAGCUCGACUGGCCUCAGUUUUCUGGAGCAACCGGAUUCCUCAACUCCACAAUUGGGUGUGUAAGCUAAAUCUCCAGAAUCUCAGGAAUGAAUGGUUGUGGAGAAAAUGUUUUGUGUUCAGAUGGAAGUUCUGGAGUGUUGCCAUGCCCUCUGCUUCUGAUGUUUCCUAAAAAUUGUGAUCCUCCCAUUCCACAAUAACACAUUGUUUCAUGGUUUCCAGACCAAACUUUCUUCUUCUUUUUCCUUCAUACUUACGGUACCUUCAAGCCCAAACAACACAACUGCAGCACAUAAAUCCAUGUCCCAGCGAAAGCAAUAGUGGGAAGCUAUGCUUUAAAGGAAAAGGGACGUGGGUGGCGCUGUGGGUAAAACCUCAGCACCUAGGACUUGCCGAUCGCAUGGUCGGCGGUUCGAAUCCCCGCGGCGGGGUGCGCUCCCGUCGUUCGGUCCCAGCGCCUGCCAACCUAGCAGUUCGAAAGCACCUCCGGGUGCAAGUAGAUAAAUAGGUACCACUCCGGCAGGAAGGUAAACAGCAUUCCGUGUGCUGCGCUGGCUCGCUAGAUGCAGCUUGUCACGCUGGCCACGUGACCCGGAAGUGUCUGCGGACAGCACUGGCUCCCGGCCUAUAGAGUGAGAUGAGCGCACAACCCUAGAGUCUGGCAAGACUGGCCCGAAUGGGCAGGGGUACCUUUACCUUUACCUUAUGCUUUAAAGGGAUGCACAGCUGGACCGCAGGCGUUUGUGUGUGUGCUUUCUCUCCCCCCACUCACUGUCUUUGUCCCUGCAGCUCCCUUCCCCCAGGCAGUUUCUUUCAAUAUGAGCUCCCUCCUCUUAAUUAUUGGAGAGAUAGUAGAGGGGAAUCCUUAAUGAAAUCCAAAAGCUUCAGCCCCUUGACUCCACAUUUUUAGUCAAAUCAUGGUACUCCUGUAAGCCUCUAAAAACAAUCACUUUGGAGUGGUGUGUCACGAAAGGUCAAUUAUUCAUUUCGGAUUGUUGUAAUCCACUCUGGAAUCUGCUGGUGAACGGUGGGUGGGGUUGUUGUAAGAAUAAUAAUAAUACACGUCCGAAUUUUCAUGAGGGCUUAAAGAAAAAAUCACAAAGUGUUGUGGAAAUGUGAUUAAGACUUAAGAUUGGGGAAAUGAGAAGCUGAGCGAAGCUGAAAUUGACAGAUUUGUCCAUUCUUUUUUCCACAUGUCAAUUCUGAUCCUGCUUAAACAAAGUAUGGCAGCUUAAAUUAGUGGUUUUCAUCCAAAUGGUAGUUUUUGUUCCCAAGAGUAAUUACCUUCGAAAUUCAGCUCCAACUUAAUUACUUUCCAUUUGUUUCAUCCUGAUGUUCUUUCCCAAUGUCACUGUUCUGAAAUAGCCUCUAUUUUUAAUCUGUGGGAUCUAUUAUUCCUUCUGUUCCCAAAUCUGUCCACUUGUCUAAGAUGAAAAAGCAAUGUUUAGAGACAAGGUUUCCUUGGUUCAACUGUCUCCUAAUUACUUCUUUGCAAUUGCUAAGGCAGUUUUGUUAAUGUUCCAUAAACUCCUGAUUCCUGGGCAAUUUAUCUUUCUUAGUUCAUAAGACUGUUUGCCCCCAUCUCCUUUUCAAUCAUAUAAAAAGCUAGUUUUCUCAUUCUUUGUGUGAAGAAGGAUUUAUUGGGAACAAACAGGAUCAUAUAUACUGUAUUGGCCUGAAUAUAAGCCACACUCCCCCCCCCCCAAAAAAAUUUAGACCAUGAAAAGUUAAAGUGCAGCUUCAAUUUGUGACCUUACAAAAAUCGGUUUUUACGCUAUCACUGCUAAAACAGACAUACGAUAAAAAGGAACAAAAACAAUUUUAUUGCCGAUUUGCAAGCUUGAGACUGUUGUGCAAUUACCGUAAUUCUAAUGUCAUUCAUCACUUUCCCCGUAUUUUACAGUGCAGUAUUGAUUUUUUAUUUGCAUUUACGGUGCUACGAACAGGUGUUUAACCCACUUAUGGGUCCUCUCUAGUACCUGUAGGAUUUUCUUCUACAUUUGCCAUUUACAGGUGUGAGAGGGGAGUGGCUUAUAUUCAGGUAUUGUCUUUUUUUCUCUCCCCCCCAAAAAGUUGCGUCUUAUUUGCGGGCACGGCUUAUAUUCAGGCCAAUACUGUAGAUGUUCUAUUGUUUGUUUAGGCAUUAUGGUUGUCUAGAGCAGUUAUUUAUACUUUCUAAGAAGUGGGGCUGUCAGAUAUAAGAAACUAUUUAUAAGAUGAUCCAGACUUCUUAGUGAUGCAAAGCUUUUACAGUUUGGACUUUACAAUUUCACCCUCAUUUUGGCCUCAAUGUGAAAUAGCAGUGACAUUGCUUAGUCUGGGUUCGCCUGACUGCUUGGAGAAAUCAUCUGUGGAGUAAACCAGUGUUUUUAAGCUUUUCUGUUUCUUGAAAAAUGCAUCCUGAAAAUUAUUUCCUUUCUGUCUCUCUUGAUUCAUUAUCUAGAUUUUUUUUAAGCCUCCUUGCCCCCAAAGGUUCAGGGUAGAAAACAACACUGAAGUAGAAUUCAGUGUAGCACUAAAGUAAUCAUUCUCUUAGCAUAAGGAUUUCUGCUUGCACAAGGGAAUGUUAUCUCCCCCUCCUCUCUUAUGCACCCCCUAAAUAUGUUUGGGGGUUCUUCCAACCCUCUGGAGCAGAUUUGGGGAGGGUAUGUGUGCACACAGGAAGCAGAGGGAGGAAAUUCCUAUUGUGCAAGCAGAGAUCCUUUUGCUGAUGAGGCUCAUUAGUAAAAGACUGCCCACAGCAUCUAAAAAUCAAUGAAUUUAUCACCUUUAAAAUAUUAGUAACUGUAAAAUAACCCCCUAGUAAUUCCCUGCUCACUUGUGCCCACUAAAUGCUUAUAUACAAUUUCUGGAAGAUAUUCAGGCUUCUCCUCCCUCAGUGGGAACAAGCCAUCUGUUCUUUCUGGAUCCUUAUUGCCUUAUCUCACAAUUAAUAAUGCCCAAAGGGAGAUAUAAGCAAACAAGCCUAUUGCACUUAUUGACCCUCCACAAUAAGGAUAAGUGAAGGUCCAGCCUGCGACAGUAGUGCCUGUCUUGUCCAUGGUCCCUGCUCAUGGUUCAUUUCAGGUGAUGUGUUGAGAACCAGAGUGAUGCAGAAGCUAGAUUUUUUUGUGUACUGUGCCCAAACCCUGGCUGUGCUGGACACACCAUUGUACAGCUCUUCCAAUGGAAGCAGUAGACUUGGUUUAUAUCCUUCCACUAAUAGCAUCCUUUUCCUCCAAACAUCCCUUUGUAAGCCUUGGAUAACAAUGGAAUCGUGAAGUUGCUCCAAGAAGUUUCCAGAAACAUCAAAUGUACAAACAUUGCACCCUUGAUUGUAAGUUGUAGAUGUAAAUAACUUGUGGUUCUAACAUUUAUAAAUACGGUGCGUCACUAUGCCCUUUGCCACGCAGAUGGAGUGCAGGUGAGAUUGCAACAAAGAUAAAGCACAACUGAACUUUAUGAACCACAACUGAAACUUGGCUUUCAGUUCAUUGCGCAAGUGCAGCAGCUCAGCAGUGUUAAAGGCCUUUGGGCUAGGAGCCCCCGAUAUAAUCAACAACAGAUCUUUUCAGGGAGAUCCCAUCUAGCUUUUUUGCUUUGGAGCCAAACACACAUUUGGAAUGAAUGAACAAUCACUCCAGUAAAUAACACCCAAGUCACAGGCCUUGUGCCUUUUUUGUUUGCUAACAGUGCUGACUAAGGAAUUUGUUCUCUUCAGGAGAUGUUACAAAAGUACUGCAACACUGAAUAAUCAUCUUUGGUUGCCUUGCUUCCCAGUGUAGACUGAUCAGAGCUAUCUCCCAAAACUUGACCCCCACCCUGACUUAGGCAAGAAAACGUAACUCCCCCUCUUAAAGGGACAUGAACAUGUGAUCAAUUCAGGUAUUUCAGCUCAGCUCUGAAACUCAUGGAUUGGCCACUGGACAAGUCAUUAUCAUGCCAUCUAACCCAUCUCACAGUGUUGCCAUGAGGCUAAAAUGGGGGUGUUCUAUCAAGACCAUUUAGUCAUAAAAGCUCCUCUCCCCAAAUAAGUGACCUGAAAGUCCUCUGCACUGUAUCUUUGCAAUUCUUGAUCUGAUAUUUUAUUUGCAUGCCAUGCCUUCACUAAACCAGAGUUCUGUUAACUUUGUUUCAGAGGCUGGACAGAGUCGCUGUACCUAUAUUUACGAAAAAGAAACCGCUGCAACCAUCGAGAUUACCAGAACAUUUCCAAAAAUGGUACCUUGUUUGCUCUUCACCCACACUGGUGCACAUUCAUUCACCAUGAGUAGAAGCUGCUGAACAGCAAGGCUGGGGGAAGGGGAAUGCAGAUUGAGCAGUAUAGAAACCUCAUCAUCUUGUUUCUAGGGAAGGCACAUAGAGCACUGCAUGCAGAAGGCUAAGGCCCAGGUUUAAUUCUUGUCAUCUUUGGGUAGGGCUGGGAAAGACCUCUGUCUGAAACCUUGAAGAGUCACUGCAACUCAGUAAAGACAAUACUGCGCUAGACUGAAUCACUGGCUCAAUCUAAGAAGGUAUCCUAUAUUCCUAUGGCUGGCUGGCUGGCUAACUAUUAGCAAACACACAAAUACGUAGGAGUCAGGAUUAAAAACAACAACAACACAUUGCCUAGAAUCAUCAUUCAAAUAUGUCACUGGACAUAGUGGUAACAGACACUGGUAAAAGGUAAAGGUAAAGGGACCCCUGACCAUUAGGUCCAGUCGUGGCCAACUCUGGGUUUGCGGCACUCAUCUCGCUUUACUGGCCGAGGGAGCUUCCGGGUCAUGUGGCCAGCAUGACUAAGCUGCUUCUGGCGAACCAGAGCAGCACACGGAAACACUGUUUACCUUCCCGCUGGAGUGGUACCUUUUUAUCUACUUGCACUUUGAUGUGCUUUCGAACUGCUAGGUUGGCAGGAGCGGGGACCGAGCAACGGGAGCUCACCCCGUCGCGGGGAUUCGAACCACCGACCUUCUGAUCGGCAAGCCCUAGGCUCUGUGGUUUAACCCACAGCACCACCCGCGUCCUAACAGACACUGGUACGCAUACUAAAACAUUGCCAUUGACGUUUGCUGGACACACCAGCAUCUUCUUCAGCAACAUAAAGUGGGUGCGUUUUCUUCUCAUUCUUCCAAAUAUAGAUGCACUGGCUGGGACAGAUUUUUCUUGUAAUUAAUUCAUGCUGCUUGAUAGUUCAGGAAACAAGUAUAACGCCUCAGACAGGCAGCCUUCUGCUUAUUGAAAACGCUGUACCCUGGAUACAUAUGGCUUGAGCUGCAAAUAACCACAUAUAAGCUCCAAGAAUGAUCAGCUAGUCUUCACUGAUAGAAAGCCUGUCCUCCGCCUGAUUAUUUUCAGCUCAUUCCAGGGUAGUCGGGGACAGGGUGCCUUCAGCUGUUCCUGUAUUCCUAGCAUAUGUGAUUGAUGGGGAGCCGCUUCCUGAACUCAUUUCCCCACGUCUCAGGAUAGGGUUUCUCACCUGUACUUUUAUCACAUUCUGUGAUGAUGUGUUUUGUCUUGGAUCCGAAUAAUGUAACUGUUAAUGAAUGUUCUGGCCCAUUGAACAUUAGGAAGGCAGAUAUUUCACGGCAGCCAUUAAGUACCAUUGGAAGCAGGAAAACGUUAUCUUAAUCUCAGCUGCCUUGGGGAAUCCUAGUUCACCUGGAGUUUCUUUGCAACUUUAAAUUGUUAUACCUUCUUUAUGGUUUGGCAGGAGCUGGGACUGAACAACGGGAGCUCACCCCGUCGCAGGGAUUUGAACCGCUGACCUUCCGAUCAGCAAGCCCAAGGCUCAGUGGUUUAGACCACAGCGCCACCCGUGUCCCUAGCAGUUGGAAAGCACGUCCAAGUGCAAGUAGAUAAAUAGGUACCACUCUGGCGGGAAGGUAAACGGCGUUUCUGUGCGCUGCUCUGGUUCACCAGAAGCAGCUUGGUCAUGCUGGCCACAUAACCCGGAAGCUGUACGUCGGCUCCCUCGGCCUGUAAAGCGAGAUGUGCGCCGCAACCCCAGAGUCGUUCACAACUGAACUUAACUGUCAGGAGUCCUUUUUUCUUUAUGGUUUGGAGGAGCAAAAGGUUCAUUCAACAAUAAGAUAAGGCCAGUUCACAGCCAGACUGUUCUAGCAUACAAGUCUAACAGUAUCUUUUCUCAUUCCCUGCCAAGCUUCUGGCUGGCUGGCUACCUCCCCAUCUGUUCAUCCAUGACUGACUUGCAAACGUUCAAGGCCUUCUAGGGCAAUUGGUAUUAAUCAUGUUUGCCAUGGCUUUUCAGCAAAAUAAUUGGCUGCAGGUAGCAAAAUACAUUUGCAGAUGCAAAAAAUGUGCCUUGAGAAUAGGUGAUGGACAACUUGGGGCUUUUGUUUCCAAAAGCUGAUAAUCAGAGACUGCUUAUUACGGUCAAUGUGAUACAGGCUGAUAGAUUGUAAUGGAAAGGGGUAGAUUCUACCCUGUAUCUUCAGUUUACUGUGAACUGAGGCACCAUAGUUUCUCUCAACUGAUUCCCUCAGGUCCUUUCCUGUCUGCCAUAGUCAGCAGUACUUUGGGUUUGCUGCAUAACUGCUGGGGAGAGAUGGGUCACGGGGAGGGGGUAAGGAAAGGAGGGCAGCCUUACCGCUUGCUUGCGUGGUUGAUGUGAAGCUGCAGGGAGGGAUAUCUGGGUUGCUUGCCUGAGAAGCCUAGUAGGUUAUGAAAAGUUGACUUGCUUCAGUUGGGAAAUAGUAGGUCCAGCUUUCCAGCUAGACAUGAUCCCCCAAAGUUAAUCACAAUUCACUCAAAUGUCACCAAUUUCAAGGGGACCUUAUUUCAUUGGAUGUUUCAUGCCUUUUACAAGUCUUGUUACUUAAGCUGUGUUAAAUUAUCUUUUAUUCAUUGCCUUUGAUCAUCUAGGUGGCUCUUCGCAAAACGUCCUAGAGCUUGUAAAGAGGUAAAUAGUUAAUGGGGGAUUUGAACUAUUUGAUCGAUAGUUUAAAUAGCUAGCUGCAGGACAAUGCAAGGCCCCAGCUACACCACCAUCACUUUGCUACUUGAAAGUCCGGAUGCAUUAUGCAAACAUUCAGAGGCUGAGAUUCCAUUUGGCUAACAUGACAAUAGUUGUUGCUUGAUGUAUCCUUCAUGAAUUUGUCCAAUCCUUUUCAUAGUUAAUGUUUAAUGUCUAAUAUGUUAAAGCCAUCCAAACCAGUGGUUUUCAUCUCUGAAGUAGCUUGAGAGUUCCUUUGCCAAAAUCUAUUUGGGGAAGGGCUAUAGCUCAGUGGUUGACCAACUGCUUUGCCUGCAGAAGGACCAAGGUUCAACCGCUGGCAUCUCCAGGUUAGUCUGAGAAAAGCUGCAGCUUGAAUCCCUGGAGUACCACACAGUUGACAAUACUGAAUUAGAUGGCAGCGGUGCCAACUUGAAUAAAAUAUGGGGGGGGGGGAGGUAAGCCCCACCCCGCAUAAUCGAUCACAUGACACGGUGCACACAUUUUAAUAAUAAUAAUAAUAAUAAUUUAUUUAUACCCCGCCCAUCUAUCUGGCUGGACUUCCUCAGCCACUCUGAGCGGCUUCCAACAAAAUAUUAAAAUACAGUAUUGCACCAAACAUUAAAAGUUUCCCUAAACAGGGCUGCCUUCAGAUGUCUUCUAAAAGUCUGGUAGUUGUUCUUCUCUUUGACAUCUGCUGGGAGGGUGUUCCACAGGGUGGGUGCCACCACUGAGAAAGCUCUCUGCCUGGUUCCCUGUAACUUGGCUUCUCGCAGCGAGGGAACCGCCAGAAGGCCCUCGGCGAUGGACCUCAGUGUCCGGGCAGAACGAUAGGCUAUGACAAUGAUAAUGCCCGUGAACUUUGGAGGCCCCCGGGCCCCACAAAUACUUAAUUGGGGGACAAAGACCCCUUGGCCCCUAGGAGUUGGCUCCUAUAACUGGUGGUGUGACCUUACCAGGUCCCUAUUGGGAAAGCUGUGUAUAUGUCAUAGUAUAUGUCAUAGUGCACAUAGUAAGUACAUGCUUACUAUGAGAAGCUGCUAUGUUAAAGAAAAACUAAGUGUCCCUCCCAUGGCACAAUGGGUGAGUGCGUAUGGCUGUUAACCGGAAGGUUGGUGGUUCAAGGCCACCCAGGGAUGGCUGUGGGCAGGAUAACUGCCUUGAAGGUGGUUGGACUAGAAAGAUCCUCAAGAUCCCUUCCAGCUCUACAGUUCUUUGAUUCUAUUAUUAUCAUUGUCAUCACCAGUUGUCAUUGAUUAUAUUGAUGAGCAGCGUGAUCUUAAAGCCUCAUCUAUUUGCUGUAAACCCUUAUAAAAUUAUACUGCAUUAGUAAGUUUUGUGUAAUAGGAACGUACUGUAUGUUGUUAUAGAGGGAAAGAGAGGGUUAUAUCUAAGUCAUACUCAGAGUAGACCUACUUAAAUCAGUGGACCUAAGUUAGACAUGUCCAUUUAUUUCAUUGGAUCUGCUUUGAGUUAGAUACAACCCAGAGAGAAUUGUUCAUGCUGUGAGUAGAAUUUUAACACUGAGUUUUCAUUUAUCUUUUAUUUCCAGCUUGGCAAGGAGUCAACAGUCUGACAAGCCUGCAAUAGUUAUCUUUUCAAUGAUUGGAAAUGACGUCUGCAAUGGGUAAGGUUUUAAGAAAAUAUAACGUUGGGUAUAUCUCCAUUACACUUAAACUAAUUUAAUAGUCAUUCCCCCUUCCCAGAGAACUCGGGAAAUUAUAGUUCUCUAAACAAGAAUGCUGAUGUUUCUCGGGGGAGGGGGGGAAUGUACAGUGGUACCUUGGUUUAAGAACAGCUUAGUUUAUGAACAACUUGGAUUAAGAACGUUUUGGUUUGUGAACUUUGCCUUGGAAUAAGAACAUGUUUCGCUUCCUGUUGAGUGUGUUCCAUUUGUAAAUUGUAAAUUGAGUCCCCUGCUGCUAUGGGAAAGCACGCCUUGCUUUAAGAACGCUUUGGUUUAAGAAUGGACUUCCGGAACAGAUUAUUGUAUUUUUCGCUCCAUAAGACGCACCUAGUUUUUAGAGGGGGAAUGCCGGGGGGGGGAUUCUUUAAAGGGAGCGCUGAGCAGAGCCUGUGUGCAUCCCAGGCUCUGCUCAGCGCUCCCUUUAAUGAGUCGCGUGUGUGCGGCGCUUGCAGGCUUUUCCCCGAGGAGGGAGUCCAACCAGUCACUGACGGGCCGCCCUUCUCCCUCCUGGGGAAAAGCCCCCAAGAGCCGCUCCGCUCCGCGCCGCUCUUUAAAGGGAGCACGGCUCUUGCGGGCUUUUCCGCGAGGUGGGGGAAGAGACUGAGAGGCUGCCCUCUGUCCCUUCCCCCACCUCCCGCAAAAGCCUUUAAAGAGCGUGCGGAGCGUGUGUCUUGGGGCUUUUCCCUGAGGAAGGAGAAGGGACUGACGGGCUGCCCUUCUCCCUCCUCGGGGAAAAGCCCCCAAGAGCCGCACACACGCUCCACGCGGCUCUUUAAAGGGAGCGCUGAGCAGAGCCUCCCAGCUGCAUUCGCUCCAUAAGACACACACACAUUUCCCCUUAGUUUUUAGGAGGGAGAAAGUGCGUCUUAUGGAGUGAAAAAUACGGUAAGUUCAUAAACCAAGGUACCACUGCACGUAAAAAGCAUGAUAGAUAAACAGGUGUAAAAACCAAUAUAUGCAGGGCACAUUUUAAUUAUCAUUUGUGUAACAUCCUUGAUAGAAUUAUCUGAUCUUGUUGGUGUGGGGGGACACAAGUGCUCAUGUGUACAUUCUGAUAUAUUUAAAUGGUUCAUGCAUGUAUGCAUUCUACUGCUUUUAUAACUAAAUUGUUUACUUCUGCAGAGGGAGAGAAGGUGGAGAUAUGGGGAGGGAUAGUUUAUGAUUUUUGCAGAAUGUUCCCUGGCUAUGGCAUUUCAGUCAUUUUGUUCUGCUGAAAUACCACUACUACUUUUUGUUAGAAAAAUUACUGUAACAAACAAAACAUCAAACUAAAGUAGUACUAAAGACAGUCAUAAACAGAAAUAAUAAAGCUACAAGAUAAUAAAAUAAUAAUUGUAAUAAUCAUAAAAAGCUUUAGAAGGAAUGAGUGGCGUAAAAUAUAUUCCAUAGUGGAAUACAAACUUAAUAUUUGUAUUCAGAUACACCAAAUAUUUAUGAAUGUUGCCAAAUAAACUCAUAUUUAGUGGGAAUAUGCCAACCAUGAGAUUGUUUGGUUAUAUAAAUGACUAAAGAAGCCAGGGUGGCUAUCUAAAGAACUUUUAACUGAGUUAAGAUUAAAAAAGGAUGUGUACAAAAAAUGGAAAAGGGGGGAAACCACCAAAGAGGAAUUCAAACAAAUAGCCAGCACGUGUAGACCCCGUCAGGAAAGCGAAAGCACAGAAUGAACGCAGGCUUGCUCGGUAGGUUACAAGCACCAAACAAAGGCUUUUAUGGGUAUGUGCGUAGCAAAAGGAAGAACAAAGAAACAGUGGGGUCACUCAGAGGAGAAGAUGGUGAAAUGCAAACAGGGGACACAGAAAGGGCUGAACUCCUCAAUGCCUUCUUUGCCUCAGUCUUCUCCGAUAAAGAAAACAAUGCCCGACCUGAAGAAUUUGGAGCAAAUGAUUCAGCAGAGGAAACACAGCCCAGAAUAACUAAGGAGAUAGUACAAGAAUACUUGGCUAGUUUAGAUGUAUUCAAGUCUCCAGGGCCAGAUGAACUGCAUCCAAGAGUAUUAAAAGAACUGGCAGAUGUGAUCUCAGAACCACUGGCAGUCAUCUUUGAGAAUUCCUGGAGAACAGGCGAAGUCCCGGCAGACUGGAGGAGGGCAAAUGUUGUCCCUAUUUUCAAAAAGGGAAAAGAGAGGACCCAAAUAAUUACCGCCCAGUCAGUCUGACAUCAAUACCAGGGAAGAGGCUGGAGCAGCACCUUAAGCAAACAGCCUGGGAGCACCUAGACAGGAAUGCUGUGAUCACCAAUAGUCAGCUUGGAUUGCUGAAAAGUAAGUCAUGUCAGACUAACCUGAUCUCGUUUUUGACAGAAUUACAAGGCUGGUAGAUGAAGGGAACGCAGUGGAUGUAGCCUACCUUGAUUUCAGCAAGGCAUUUGACAAGGUGCCCCAUGAUAUUCUUGUAAAGAAGCUGGUAAAAUGCGGUCUUGACUAUGCUACCACUCAGUGGAUUUGUAACUGGCUGACUGACCGAACCCAAAGGGUGCUCAUCAAUGGUUCCUCUUCAUCCUGGAGAAGAGUGGCUAGUGGGGUGCCACAGGGUUCUGUCUUGGGCCCGGUCUUAUUCAACAUCUUUAUCAACGACUUGGAUGAUGGACUCAAGGGCAUCCUGAUCAAAUUUGCAGAUGACACCAAACUGGGAGGGGUGGCUAACACCCCAGAGGACAGGAUCACACUUCAAAAUGACCUUGACAGAUUAGAGAACUGGGCCAAAACAAACAAGAUGAAUUUUAACAGGGAGAAAUGUAAAGUAUUGCACUUGGGCAAAAAAAUGAGAGGCACAAAUACAAGAUGGGGACACCUGGCUUGAGAGCAGUACAUGUGAAAAGGAUCUAGGAGUCUUGGUUGACCACAAACUUGACAUGAGCCAACAGUGUGACGCGGCAGCUAAAAAGCCAAUGCAAUUCUGGGCUGCAUCAAUAGGAGUAUAGCAUCUAGAUCAAGGGAAGUAAUAGUGCCACUGUAUUCUGCUCUGGUCAGACCUCACCUGGAGUACUGUGUCCAGUUCUGAGCACCACAGUUCAAGAAGGACACUGACAAACUGGAACGUGUCCAGAGGAGGGCAACCAAAACGGUCAAAGGCCUGGAAACGAUGCCUUAUGAGGAACGGCUAAGGGAGCUGGGCAUGUUUAGCCUGGAGAAGAGGAGGUUAAGGGGUGAUAUGAUAGCCAUGUUCAAAUAUAUAAAAGGAUGUCACAUAGAGGAGGGAGAAAGGUUGUUUUCUGCUGCUCCAGAGAAGCAGACACGGAGCAAUGGAUCCAAACUACAAGAAAGAAGAUUCCACCUAAACAUUAGGAAGAACUUCCUGACAGUAAGAGCUGUUUGACAGUGGAAUUUGCUGCCAAGGAGUGUGGUGGAGUCUCCUUCUUUGGAGGUCUUUAAGCAGAGGCUUGACAACCAUAUGUCAGGAGUGCUCUGAUGGUGUUUCCUGCUUGGCAGGGGGUUGGACUCGAUGGCCCUUGUGGUCUCUUCCAACUCUAUGAUUCUAUAAUUCUAGGCAGCCCACAAGUGGAAGCAAUUUAAUAGUAGUAGUAGUAGUAGUAGUAGUAGUGGUGGUGGUACGGAGGUAUUAGUUACUAUAAUAGAAGAUUUACAUUGUGCAGUGGUUUGCUACUAUGUCAAAAGCUCAAUAUUGUGAGUCUAAAUAAUUAGUCAGUAGUGCUUGGCAUUGGCUGAGCUGCAGUGUACUUCCAUGGUAUCGUGAAUGGAAAUAAAUGAAGGAAAACAAUACGAAAUACCAAGCUCUCGAGUUCACCUUAUAAAAACUUAGAAUGGAGUAUCUAAUCCUUUUGCUUUUCUUUCACCCUCACUUGGGAAUAUUGACAUUUGAAUAAAUGGCCUGUGUUGAUGCCAUAUUGUCCAUUUGCACCACUGAUGUGACAAGAGGAGUUUUUGUUUUGUUUCUUUUCAGACACAAGUGCCUACCUCACCCUCUCCCUGCAAUAUCUCACAAAUGUUACUCCAGCAAGUUGUGCCAUUAAUUCUUUCUUGCUUUGUCUUUCUGUUUGUUUGUUUUUUAUUAUUCUUACUUCCAUUUGGAUGGUUUUAGUAUGCUGUUAAUGCCUAAGUUUUGAAACAGCACAAGUUCCACAAGAAUCCCAGACCUCUGUAUCAGAAAGAGAAUGCAUCUUAUUCUGCAAAAGAAUGAAACAUUAAUGUUUGCCCUUGUUCAAGUCUAGCUGUGGUCUCAAGGGAAGCUGUUGGCUCGUUCCUGUUACUUUUCAUGAUGAUAACUUCCUUUAAAAAGGCACUGGGAUAAAUCUGUUGGGAAAAUAGUACUGGGAAAAGAUGGGGCAGGAGCAUGCAAUGAAAUAUUUGAUCUAUAAAAGUCCACUAGAAUGUGUACAGAACUUUUCCCUAAACCAACCCUUGGCUUUCGCACCAUCAAAAUCUUUGCCAACUCACAAAACAGAGAUGUGGGUUUUUUGGAUCUCAAACUAUACAUUCAUCGUCCAGGAAUUAAUAUGCAGAUAUAGUGAAACAGAAGCAUUCAUAACAGAUACCGGGUUGCUGGUUUUUUUCUUUAAAAAUGGCGGUUGUUUUAAUUAACAAGUGACAGUAUUUCACUAUCCUAUUAAACUGGUAUUUAGAGCCAUGUUGAUUGGAAUAAUGCAUCCCUCUCCUGGUCUAAUUCAGGUCUCUGUUUCUAGCUGAAGUGAGUGCUGUAGCUUCUGUGCUGCAGAAUCACACCUCAGCCAAAGCACAGUUAACUGCCAAUAUUUCAUGCCAAGGUGGCAAGUGAGAGAUUGAGAAAUACAGGCAUUUGUAAGUGACAGAGAUAAUGAAAUUGGCGAAUCAUGUGCUUUCCCAGCAGAACCCAAAUUGCAAUGUCCAAAUGAGGAGGAUGUACAAAAAUAUAGACAGAUGGUACGUAUCUCACAGCCUACCAAGGCACGAAUGUAGGACAGCGAAAUAAUAAUAAAAAAGAAACAUGAAAAAAAAUGAAUGCACAGUGGGGUUCUGGGGGUUUUUUGAGAGAGAAGGGAAGCAAGCAAAAUUGUUAGAUUUGCUGUUUUUCCACUAACUGAUCAUCUCUGCAGCUUUCUUUUCCCAUUGCUGUAUUUUAUCUGUGACAUAAAGGCAUGAUAACAAGAAGGAAACAAGAGCUGACUGAUUGGGGCCAGAGGCAAUCUGUGCUUUGAAAUGAGGGACAACUGAAAGAAAUAACAGAAAAAAGAUUAAACUCCCUUAAUGGUAAAUCAGCCGUGAUAAAGGCUUCUCUGCCCAAGCUCCCCAGUUCUGAAAAUGCUUGAUCUUCUAAGGGCUUCUCUUAACUGCUGUGAGACAGUGUGCGUCUACAGAUGGAGACACAUGUCAAUAUUUAACUUUUAAUCUUUCAGAACCAUUGCUUCUUAACAAGGAUACAUCCCAGCUUUGUUGGGACACAUGAGGCACAUCCGGCACUAAACUCUUGAAAUUCUGCAUGGAAUGACGGGGUCGGAGUGGCCCCAAUUAACCAUCUAGUCCCAGCCUGCACAGCUUGAUGAUCCAUCAUUUCUUGUAGCCUGCCAGCCGCUUAUGGCACCCGCUGGGGUUCAGUAACCCUCCUAGUCUUGACAAAUGCAUCCAAACAGAUCACCCAAAGCGUAGCCAAACGGGAGACCAUUUAGCUGUUUUGCUUUUGCUGUUCCUUGCUAAGCGCCGUGUGGUCUUUUUCUCUCUUAGGUAUCCUGACACUGUUGAACACAUGACACGGCCCGAGCAGAUGCGCGCCAGUGUUAUGCAGGCUCUGCAAUAUCUCAACGGCCUCCUUCCCAAAGGGAGCCAUGUGCUUUUAACCGGUUUGGUAGACGGCCGCUUUCUGUGGGAUAACUUGCACGAUCGAUUCUAUCCUCUGGGUAAAUACACCAACUUUUUUUCUUAGAUGUGAUGGCGCUGCGGAGGUGCUAUGAAAUGGCAGUGCUGGGAUUCUGAGUGCCAGUUCAUUCACCACGUGGCUCUUUGGGACCCUCAGAUUUGUGCAAGUUGCAAAAUUUGCAACUCCUCCUUUCAGUGAAAGCACAUUGUCCAGCUUUAUACUAGAUAGUGGGUAUACUGUACUUAAGAUAUAUAAAGGACACCUUGGUUUGGGCUUUGGUGAUUACGUUUUUUGUGGUCAUAGCUGAAAAUUCCUCCAGUGCCUUAUUUGGCAAAAAAUAAACAAAUCUCUCCGGUCUUUUGUAUUAUUUCUUUCUAAACUUUAAAUGUUUUACAAAUGUCUCUUUUCCCAAUUGUGUCAAAGGCAGACUGCCUGCCUGACAGAUUUUAGCGCUUCCAGCUGGGUGCCGUGAAUUCAAUGGGACUUAUUCCCUGGCAAGGGCAUGUAGGAGUUCAGCUUAAGAUACUGUAAUUCAUUAUCUUGAUCCGAGAAGGAGAAAAAACUACGAGACAAAUGAUCAAAUAUGAACAUUUCUUAAUAUAGAGCAUGUUAUGGGAAGCCUGAGGUGAGUUUAACAAUACAUGAAUUUAGGUCACAUGGACAGAAGAAGUAUAUGUUUCUUUCUGUGACAGAAUGCAUUAUUUCCACGUUUAAAGCCAACCGAUGUGAGGUAUAAAAAAGCCAUAGUUGCACACAGUUGUCUUUAAUCUUCCUCCUUGACGUGAAAAAGCUAGAUUGGUUUUGGAGAGUGAAAGGCUUGUUAAUGGGUAUCAGUCACUCAACCCUGGGAUUUGAAGUGAAUAUUAUGUGACUCUGAUCUCUUGUUAGCUUAAUUGGCUGAGAAUAGAGGUGGAAAAGGUUUAUAUGCAGAAGUAAAGAAGACGUGUGUGUGUGUGUGUGUGUGUGUGUGUGUGUGUGUAAUGUGACUUGAGACACAGAUGUGAAGGGGCAGCAAUAAAGCCAAGGUCGGUUAUAUAGCAGACAUAGGCAAACUCGGCCCUCCAGGUAUUUUUGAGACUACAAUUCCCAUCAUCCCUGACCACUGGUUCUGCUAGCUAGGGAUCAUGGGAGUUGUAGUCCCAAAACAUCUGGAGGGCCGAGUUUGUGUGUGCUUGCUAUAUAGUAUAUUGCAAAUACAUUGUGUGAAUCAGCCUGAGGGAGUUUAUUUGCAACAGCAGUUACAAAGGAUAUAUAUGAAUGGGGCCAAAGAGAGCUCAUUUUGAAUCCUUACAUAGCUAUGCAAGUGUCUGAGCGAACCUGGGCAAAUCAUACUGCUCAGCUUUGCUUCACAAAGUUGUGGAGAGCAUAAAAGGCCUUAUGAACCUUAGCUUAUCCCAAAACAUUGGAGAAAAGCUGGAAGGUAAACCAAACAAGCACUAGGCUUUGUGCAUAAAAGGUAAAGGGUAAAGAGAACCCUGACCAUUAGGUCCAGUUGUGGCCGACUCUGGGGUUGCAGUGCUCAUCUCGCUUUAUUGGCCGAGGGAGCCGGCGUACAGCUUCCGGGUCAUGUGGCCAGCAUGACGAAGCCGCUUCUGGCGAACCAGAGCAGUGCACGGAAAUGCCGUUUACCUUCCCGCCGGAGCGGUACCUAUUUAUCUACUUUCACUUUGAUGUGCUUUCGAACUGCUAGGUUGGCAGGAGCUGGGACCGAGCAACGGGAGCUCACCCCGUCGCGGGGAUUCGAACCGCCGACCUUCUGAUCAGCAAGCCCUAGGCUCUGUGGUUUAACCCACAGUGCCACCCACGUCCCAUAAAAGCUUUGUGCAUAGCUUUUAGCUAAAACCAAAGAAGCCUGAAUAGAGCUGCUGCAGAUUACAGAUCCAAUAAUGAGACAAACUGCUAUUAAUUGCCUUAUACCUAAUUUUGGCACCGUUGCCUAUGCCAAAUCUUCAUGAGGAUUGUCGUGUACAUAUGCCAGCUAUCAAAAUAGCCACUGUACACUAAUGAAUAUAGUGAUAGUGGCAGGAAAUAUCAAAGGAGGGAGAGCGUCCGAGGACUGCUUGCCUGUUCUAUGUACUUGGGUGCCUCAGCACAAACAGUGAAAUUCUUAGUCUUUUUCAUUCUUUUAGGUGGAUGCAUGUAGACUUGGGUUGCAUACCAAGCCACAAUGUCCCCUUCUCCCACAGCUCCACUUCUGACCUUUGUGUGUUGAUAAUGGAAGUCUCCCAACCAUAGGGAUGCUUCUAAGCACUGAACACAAUGAGAAUCUCUUGAGAUUUUCACGCUCAGCAUGUGAAGGUCAGAAGUGAGCUUCCUCUCCUGGAGUUAAGCCCAAACAUGUUCACUCAAAUGCUCUUGCCAGGCAGAUUUCUAAUGCGUUUCCAGCAAGGGACAUGAUAUGUUUUCACGUGGUCAGUUUUGAAAAUAUUUCUGUUUUCCAGGCCAGUUGAACAAAGAUGUCACAUACGAACAUUUUUUCUCGUUUCUCAGCUGUCUACAGGUAAGUUGCCUCAAUGUCCAAUGCAAUUACAUCUUGGGCUGAAAAAAGCUGAGUAUGAGAGGUGAUGCCUUCUGUUGGUUUGACAUCUAGUUGUGGUGGAAGUUCGUGAGGUUCGUAAACGAACCUUCCUUUAGGAAGAGCGUAAAGCAGGGGGAGGCAACCUAAGGCCUGGGGGCUGGAUGCGGCCCAAUUGCCUUCUCAAUCCGGCCUGCAGACGGUCCGGGAAUCAGUGUGGUUUUACAUGAGUAGAAUGUGUCCUUUUAUUUAAGAUGCAUCUCUGGGUUAUUUGUGAGGCCUGCCUGAUGUUUUUACAUGAGUAGAAUGUAUGCUUUUAUUUAAAAUGCGUCUCUGGGUUAUUUGUGGGGCAUAGGAAUUCGUUCAUUUCCCCCCACCCACCCAAAAUAUAGUCCAGUCCACCACAUGGUCUGAGGGACGGUGGACCGGCCCACAGCUGAAAAAGGUUGCUGACCCCUGGCGUAAAGUAAUUAGGCAUGUAACUGUAUGUAGCGUUGGGACACGGGUGGCGCUGUGGGUUAAACCACAGAGCCUAGGACUUGCCGAUCAGAAGGCGGUUCGAAUCCCCACGACGGGGUGAGCUCCCGUUGCUCGGUCCCUGCUCCUGCCAACCUAGCAGUUCAAAAGCACGUCAAAGUGCAAGUAGAUAAAUAGGCACCGCUCCAGCGGGAAGGUAAAUGGCGUUUCUGUGCGCUGCUCUCAUUCACCAGAAGCGGCUUAGUCAUGCUGGCCACAUGACCCGGAAGCUGUACGCCGGCUCCCUCGGCCAAUAAAGUGAGAUGAGCGCUGCGACCCCAGAGUGAGCCACGACAGGACCUAAUGGUCAGGGGUCCCUUUACCUUUACCUUUAACUGUAUGUAGCAAGUAUAGACUAUGAGCUAAUCUUUCGGCUUUUAGAGAGGGCUGGCCUUAUCACAAGGUGGAACUUUGAAGAAGAAGCAAAUGGAAGGAGAUGGGUGUUGGAUUCCCCUGCUAGUCCCCAUGCCUUGCUGUUUUGUACCAAAGUGUUGCCCAGGACAAAAGCAAGUCUGUUGGGAUCAACAAGCCCCAAGGACAAAUUGAAUAGGUGAAGUCCUGGAGGGAUGACAGGAUCCAAACUUAACUGGGGGAGAAGAAGGGGGAUCUCAUUUCAAUAUUUGGUUUAGGGCUCCCAAGUUCUUGUAGGCCAUCCCUGAGUUUUAGUGCUCCAAACAAGUAAACCAGAGAUCAUGGACGAUUGUGUCCGCAACUAUUAAGAACAUCUGUUUUCUGAAUUUCGGUUGUUAAUCUGAAUUAUCUCCUUCACUCUGUUUCCUGCCUAGGUCUGAAACAGUAACACUUUGUUUUAAAAAAUACAUGCAAUGUUUUUGAUAACAUCUCCAGCCUUCCAGUUAAUGGAGGUUUUUCUCUGUCUCCUGGUGCCUUCAUUACAUAUCUUUAGGUGCGAGGCAAAAACAUUCCUCUUCUCCCUUCGGCUAAUUAAACAAUCUAUGAUCUUUUAAACUGUUUGCGUGGGGCUAUUCUUUUUGUUUGUUACUAUGUAUUUUGUGUGUGUGUGGUAAUAAUAAUAAUAAUAAUAAUAAUAAUAAUAAUAAUAAUAAUAAAAAACCACCUUGUCAUCUUCAGAGGAAAGGUGAAUAGACAUUUAUUAUUAUUAUUAUUAUUAUUAUUAUUAUUAUUAUUAUUUUACACACACAAAUAUUUAAAUCUUUCUGCAUUCACACAGUCUGCUCCAUGCGUUGGCUGGAUGUCUGCAAAUGCCACUCUUAGGAACCUGACCUCAGAGGUAUGUUUAAUAUAAAAGUAAUUUUAAAAUAUAUUCAGAUAUUCUAUUUUUAAAGACGGUAUUUGGACUUCUGCUGUAAGAAGGAAAUAAGGUUUUAAAGGACGGGAUAUUUUAUAUCACUGUUUUAGUGAAGAAAUCUGGACUCCUAAUAUCACCAAGGGCUUGUAUUGUUCUGCUUCAAUUCAAGAUGCUCAGAUCGGAUUCAGGUUCUUAUAUAUUUAAACAAUCUGCUUAAUGUACAUGGGGUUCAAAUGCCAGCAAAAUAGCCUGCCAGUUCUUGUUCUUUCCCAGAGUAAUAUCUCACUUAAAUCUUCAAGGCAAGCUAAUAGACGUUUUAUGGGACUGCCUUGCCUAAGAAUGAACAUUUUUGAAAGCAGCCUGCAUAGGUAUCAAGUGCUUCUAGCGUAAUAUUUUCCCUGUUGUGCUAGCUUUCUACAUGCAAGGAAGUCUUGGCGUGGAGGGGCUUGCAAGCAGGCACUCCCCCUCCACAUGGCGUCUGAAGCAGCUCAGUCACAAGGAGGAAUUGUAGGUCACGCUGUCUUGUACAUCUGAAUCAGUAAUAAUAAUAAUAAUAAUAUAUUUAUACCCCGCCCAUCUGGCUGGGCUUCCAAAAAAAAUAUUAAAAUACUGUAAUACAUCAAACAUUAAAAGGUUCCCUAAACAGAGCUGCCUUCAUAUGUCUUCUAAAAGUCUGGUAGUUGUUUGUUCUCUUUGACAUCUGGUAGGAGGGUGUUCCACAGGACGGGUGCCACUACCGAGAAGGCCCUCUGCCUGGUUCCCUGUAGCUUUGCUUCUCGCAAUGAGGGAACUGCCAGAAGGCCCUCAGCGCUGGACCUCAGCGUCCGGGCAGAACGAUGGGGGUGGAGACGCUCCUUCAGGUAUACUGGGCCGAGGCCGUUUAGGGCUUUAAAGGUCAACACCAGCACUUUGAAUUGUGCUCGGAAAUGUACUGGGAGCCAAUGUAGGUCUUUCAAGACCGGUGUUAUGUGGUCUUGGCGGCCACUCCCAGUCACCAGUCUAGCUGCCGCAUUCUGGAUUAGUUGUAGUUUCCGGGUCACCUUCAAAGUAGCCCCACAAAGAGCGCAUUGCAGUAGUCCAAGCGGGAGAUAACCAGAGCAUGCAUCACUCUGGCGAGGCAGUCCACAGGCAGAUAGGAUCUCAGCCUGCGUACCAGAUGGAGCUGGUAAACAGCUGCCCUGGACACGGAUUUGACCUGUGCCUCCAUGGACAGCUGUGAGUCCAAAAUGACUCCCAGGCUGCGCACCUGGUCCUUCAGGGGCACAGUUACCCCAUUCAGGAUCAGGGAAUCCUGCACACCUGCCCGUCUCCUGUCCCCCCAAAACAGUACAUCUAUCUUGUCAGGAUUCAAUCUCAAUCUGUUAUAAAUGAAUUUGACAAAAAGUGGCACCUUUCGCUCAAGCAGUUUUGCCUACAGCAGAUCCAGGAAGGAAUUGUCUUUCUACCGUCUGGAAAUGGCUUAGGCUGGCAUUGAAUGCAAACCUUGGUUGUGAAGCUCUGAACCUUGCAGACAAAUGUUGCUCUAUAUACUGUGCCAAUAUCUUAAUACCGUUUUGGUCAAGGUUGUAAGCAAGGUCAGCUGUUUGUACAAGCGGGGCGGGGGGGAACAGCUCUGUGACUUGGACGUUAAAUGGCAGAUUUAAUUUUACACUUGUUUUUGUGCAGAGAAGCUGAAAGCAGUGUGGCCACACAAAGCUUGCAUGUUGUUUUAUUGUGCAUAUUACUGUAAGGUGCUCUGAAGUCUUGGCAGGCAGAGGUGGGUAAGAGUUCUCAUAACAAUAAAACAAUUCACACAUAUAUUCCUUGUGGGUUCCCGACACCCCACAGAGAGCCUUACAGCUUUCCAGUGUCCUGAAGGAGCUGGCAAAAUCCGAGAAAUAUGCCAAUUUUGACGUUUUCUACAUGGAUUACCCACUGAAGGAAGGUAAGCUUUUAUAGAGGAGCUGAAUAAAGACCCACUCGAUACAUAUCACUAAAAGGGAGAGGUGAUGCCUACCAGUCCAAAAGACAAAUUCCAAUUGUUCGUUUCCCUAAGGACGCCCCUGGGUUUAGGUACUGGGGGGUGGGACUUGGGAAAGGUGCAGUCAGUGGGCUUCCAAUCCCUGAAUGGGACAACCUGCUGUUGCUGCACUCCAUUCACUUGCCCAAGAUUGAUAACUACUACUACUAAUAAAAUAAUAAAAUAAUAAUAAUAAUAAUAUGGCCCAGGACCCUCAUACCUACGGGACCGCCUCUCCUGGUAUGUCCCGCAGAGGAACUUAUGGUCUUCAAACAAAAACAUCUUGGAGGUCCCGGGCCACAGAGAGGUUAGGCUGGUCUCAAGCAGAGCCAGGGCUUUGUCGGCUGUGGCUCCGAUCUGGUGGAACGCUCUGUCACAAGAGACUAGGGCCCUGCGGGACUUGACAUCUUUCCGCAGGGCCUGCAAGAUAGAGCUGUUCCACCAGGCCUUUGGCCAAGGCACAGCCUGACCCCCUUCUUAGGCAAUCAUCACAGAACACUAGCCCAAUGGUUGCCAUUAAUUUGAUUUGAAUUAAUUUUAUAAUGAAAUGAUUUUAGAAUGUUGUAUUAUUUUAUUGUUGUUAGCCGCUCUGAGCCCGGCUUUGGCUGUGGAGGGUGGGAUAUAAAUACAAAUUAAUAAUAAUAAUAAUAAUAAUAAUAAUAAUAAUAAUUUAUUUAUACCCCACCCAUCUGGCUGUGUUUCCCAGAACCAAGGUAGCUGGAGGAUGUGGCCCUGCCUCCUCUCUCCUGCAUGUUCAGAGAGCACUGAUGUGCAAGCAGUGACAGAAAAGGGAGGCAAGCAGGGCCACAGGGCUCUAGGAGGUGACAGUUGGGAGGUGGACCCAGCAACAGCACACCACCCCAAUCUCAGAGCGGUGCGAGAUUCCAGGGGUUCCAGGCGCUUACCCCGGGUUUGUGUUUCCUUUGGGAACGAGGGACAGCAGAGACUGUGGUGUCUUUAUUUACAUAUAUAUACAACCUGAGCCUCUUUCCUUUGUUUCCCUUAAUGGCACAUAACCAAGGCUAUCUUCUCAACACAGGAAGCUAGCCUGGCUUAUAUUUUAACAUUUGCUGGAUCCAGAGGUUACCGCAGAAGGUUCUUGCAUACAGCCUACAGUGGUGCCUCGCAAGACGAAAUUAAUUCGUUCCGCGAGUUUUUUCGUCUCGCGGUUUUUUCGUCUUGCGAAGCACGGUGUCGGAAAAGUUUUGGAAAAGCUUCAGAAAUCACCAAAGUCUUCAAAAACCUCAAAAAAGGCUACCACACCACGUGCUAUGAGUUGCUCCUCAAAGUCAAGUCGCAACUGUAUUAACGGUUUUAAGAAAAAGGAAACAAUCUUGCAAGACGUUUCCGUCUUGCGAAGCAAGCCCAUAGGGAAAAUCAUCUUGCGAAGCAACUCAAAAAACCAAAACCCCUUUCGUUUUGCGAGUUUUCCGUCUUGCAAGGCAUUCGUCUUGCGAGGUACCACUGUACUUCCCCUCUCUCCUUGCUAGUUCCAGCAGUCACCCCCAUCAGCAGCAGUAAUGGUGAGAAGGCUUCCACAGGGACUACUAGAACCAUUGAGGGGACCCAGGUGACUUUUUCUGCUAGCAGAAGCCCCGCUGGUCCAGAGGCUGAAUUCUGAUCUGACCUUGUGCUCUCCCAGGGCCAGCCCAAGACAUUUUGGCACCCCCCCUCCCCACCAGGGAAGAAGGGGGGAGGAAACAAGGGGGGAGGAGAGAUAGAUUGACAUCGGCUGCCCUGUAGAUCCUGCCGCCUGAAGCAGUCACUACACCUUGUCUCCUGACUGGGCUGGCCCUGAGCUCAUCGUGAUGCCGAAAACAAGAAUCUAUCCCUCCAUUGAGGAAGGGGGAGUGUUGGUGGAGGAUACAGAUUUUGGGUGGUCGGCUAGUCCAGCCAAAAUCUGUAGACCACUGGCUACAUGAAUGUGCCUCUGGCUCUCAGUCAACUCAUGUGGGUGCCAACCCAGCAAGGAAACAGUAUGUGUAAGCAGCAGUUUGUGGCUCUUUCUUGCAGGAUCCAGGCAUAAGAGGCUUACAGACUUUGCUUCCUAAACAUUCCUUUUACUUAGUUAUGCAAUCACUUAUUCUUCGCUUACAAUAAAUUAUUAAGGGAUCCGUCGCUUAAAUCAAAACCAUUCUGAAUACCCUCUUAAUGUUUCAUGAGAGUCAUUAUCUGAUUGCUGAUGAGCCAAAUUACUUCGAAGUGCUAAAUAUAUUGAGUCUGGGUUGGGUGGGGAAAUCAAUGGGGUUUACCUUUUCACGUUGGCAAACAAAAGAAAAUGCAACACAACCUUAGGGAAUGUUUGUCACAGGCCCAUAAUCGUGUUUACAAUUAAAGGCUUCUGCUUAGUGGAAGCAUCACUUGUCAGUUUCCCUUCUCGCCUGCCUCUGCUCUCUUCACUGACCUAUUUUUCAUUUUCUUUUUGCUAAAGUUACUGCAACCCCCUUUUUGGAGUCUCAAAGUAUUAUUAAAUAUUCAGCAGCUAUUGCAAUCUCUCCCUCCACCCCUCCGGCUUUGGGUGACGUCCUAAUUUUUGGAUUUUGAGAGCCCUGGCACUGGUUUCAUUGUGGAUUAGGCCUCACCCAGAAUUUUAAACUGUUUCUUAAGUCCCCCAUGAAGCUCAUUCCUGCUAUAGAAAUUCCUUCCUCUUAACAGUGCUGCUCACAGACUCUUGUAGCGCUUAAAAACCUGAAAAAGUGGAAAGUGAGGAAAAAAGAAUGUGUGAGCACACAGUGAGUUUCUGUCAUAGUUCCUUUAACCCUCUUAAAUUCCCAACACGGAAAGUGUUUUUUAAACUCUAGAUCACAGAGCUGGGUGUCAUAUGUGUUUGUUUACAUGCAAGAAAUCUGAUGUAUUCAGGUAGGGGCAUAAUAGACUGAAAAUGAUGGUAGCUGUCAGUUUGUGAGAGAUUAGUAUUGUUAUAGGUCUCUCCCCCCCCAAAAAAACCCCUUGGAAAUUAAUAAAUGGUAGGAUUUUGAUUAUUUGGGAUUUGAAGGGACACGGGUGGUGCUGUGGUCUAAACCACAGAGCCUAGAGCUUGCCGAUCAGAAGGUCGGUGGUUCAAAUCCCCGCGACGGGGUGAGCUCCCGUUGCUCGGUCCCUGCUCUUGCCAACCUAGCAGUUUGAAAGCACAUCCAAGUGCAAGUAGAUAAAUAGGUACCACUCUGGCGGGAAGGUAAACGGUGUUUCCGUGCGCUCCUCUGGUUCUCCAGAAGCAGCUUAGUCAUGCUGACCACAUGACCUGGAAAAACUGUCUUCGGACAAACGUCGGCUCCCUCGGCCAGUAAAGCGAGAUGAGCGCCGCAACCCCAGUCAUUUGCGAGUGGACUUAAUUGUCAGGGGUCCUUUAGCUUUAGCUUUUAUACAGGCUGCAGAGGAAUUCCUGGGCUAGCCCAUGCAAAACGACCUGCUAGGGCCAGUAAGAAACAAUAUAGGGCCAUUGGCAAUGCAAGAAAACUGGCCUUCCCCCCUGCUCUGAAGUGUGAACAGAGACGGGGGAUUUGGAAGGUUGCCCGGGGUAAGGCAUGAUGUCCCAAGAAGAGUUUGGGACCUUUGGCAUGAGGCUUGGCAUAUCUGAACCUCACAGCAACAUUUGACCGUUUGGACCAGUCGUAUGCAGUAAUGAAAAUGGUUCAGAUCCAGGCACAUAUAUAACCACAACUGUCCGUUUUGUUUCCAGAAAGCAGUGACCUUGAAUUUUGAUUUUGGGGAAGAGGGAGCUGAAGAAUAGGAGACGGAAUGUGUUCAAUCGGAAUUCAGUUUACGUAUUUUGUACCUUUGCCUCAUGUGAGCCUCAUUCUUACUUGGAACUGAAUGUGUGUUCUUCUGCCAGCAUUUAUGCUCCAAGAGUUUACCUUGCAUAAAUAUCUUGGAAGGGCUUAAAUGCCGCCUAGAAGGAAAGGGGAUUGGAUGCAGUAUUGGCUCUGACAAUGUUUCAUAAAUCAUCAUAAUCUUCAUGUGCACAACUCAUCUUCUAAAAAUACUGCCUGUGAGGCUGGGUGAAGUGGAUGUGGUGCUUAUACGUGCCGUGCAUAAUCUGCUGUGAUUAUCUCAUUUACAGUUGCUGAGAUGUGGCAGAAGUCUGGAGGAGAGGCCUGGCAGCUAAUAGAACCUGUGGAUGGAUUUCAUCCUAACCAGGUAAGUAGCAGAGAAAGGCGGUGGGUAGGAAUAGGAGGCAAAAGGCACAAUAAUGAGAAAUGUGGGUUCUCAAGGGAAUAGGGGGGUCCUCAAGGGCAUUCUGGAUGUACCACAACCUCUUUCUGUCUUCAGACAAAGGAACUCUUAUUUGGCUUCUCCCACAUUCUGAGUUCCUGGGUUGACUUCAUCAAGCCCAUCUUUCAACAUCACCUUUACAUUGAAGAUAACGCCUCUCUACCCCAGCAUUUGACAUUCUACAUUAGAACCCAUUUGACUAUUUUUUAAAAAUGGAUUUCUGUCAGGAUGCUGUCAGAGGCUCCCAGCUGGUGGCCCAGGAAAGGAUAAAGACAAAGAAAAGUUUCAUACUGUCCUUUUUUACUUCAGUCUUUCCAGAGAGAGGCUAUAGAACCCAGCCUCUUGGAUAAUGCCGUUGUCCCGAGUGAAUCUCCACCCCCUGUAUCUCCCUCAUUCGUCAUCCUCAUCAUCUCCUCCACGGGUGCUGCUAAGUGUCCUCUGUCUUUCAGCUCUUUGCUCUCCUACUUUUAAGGCUCACCAGGUCCUGGGAGAUGGAGGGUCUGGAAUGCUUUCGAAUGACAUGUCAGUCAGCUGCUCUGGCUCUCCCACAAUUUCCCAACUUUCUCCCUCAUCUGCCUCUGAGCUGUGACCUCCCUCAAAGCCCUGUUGUACAAUUCAAAGUGUUGGUGCUGACCUUUAAAGCCCUAAACGGCCUCAGUCCAGUAUACCUGAAGGAGCGUCUCCACCCCCAUCAUUCUGCCCGGACACUGAGGUCCAGCGCCGAGGGCCUUCUGGCGGUUCCCUCACUGUGAGAAGCAGAGGGCCUUCUCGGUAGUGGCACCCGCCCUGUGGAACGCCCUCCCACCAGAUGUCAAAGAGAUAAACAACUACCUGACAUUCAGAAGACAUCUGAAGGCAGCCCUGUUCAGGGAAGUUUUUAAUGUGUGACAUUUUAAUGUAUUUUUAAUCCUUGUUGGAAGCCACCCAGAGUGGCUGGGGAAACCCAGCCAGAUGGGCGGAGUACAAAUAAUAUAUUAUUAUUAUUAUUAUUAUUAUUAUUGUCAUCAUCUAUACUGUCUUCCUCUUCCUCCUCCCUGGAAGGGUCAGGAUGGGGAGGUGGUCUCUACCACUCCUCUGCCCAGUCCCUCAUAAUUUUUAUACUGUCUUUUUGAAUUGGCAUAACCCUGCCCAGACCCAGACCUUAUGGAUGGGUGAGAAUCCUAGGUGGUUAUGAUGACAAUAAUAUAACCUCUUGUCAGGGACUGGCUGGAUGACUGGAGGCGGGAGGAGCACCAGCCGGCCAACCUCCUGGGGAAGCCUCAGAGGAGGAAGGUUAAGAGCCUGGGGGGUGGACACUGAAGACAGAGCCGGGGUGCCAACUUGAAUAAAAUAUUGGGGAGGCAGGUAAGCCCCGCCCUACAUGAUCACAUGACAUGGCACACGGACAACAUUUGAAUGGCAAUGCUCAUCAACUUUGGGGGGGGGUCCUAUUGAGCAGAGGAUGGUUGUCUGCUGGAAAAGCAACAGGUGUGAGUGAGAGGGAAAAGCCAAGAGCAGAAAGCAGUUCAGACUCCGUACAUGAAGCUUCCCAGCAGCUUGCCUGUCCUACUGUUAGGCUCCCGCCCUCCCUUAUCUCCAAGGACACGAAGAGCUAUGCAUGCGGCAGAACAAUGAGCAAGGGCUCCCUCCCGCCAUAGUUGAUGCCUAUGUGGGCAACCUCUGGAGGACUGAGCAGAAAGUGGGAAGCAGGAACUUCCUGGCAGGUGUCAUAUGGAAGCUGGUCCGGCCUUGAGGCUUCUCUGCACUGUUUGCUGUUUUCUUGAAUAAAGAAUUAAAUUCCCUGUUCGUCUCUGCAUUAGAGUGCUGACCUGCAUCUGAACUAGCCCUGACACUUCUGUGCCCCAUAAGCUUCCCCACAUUCAUUUUUGCAUUUUAAAUUUCCUGUCUGAUAUUUCUGCUUAGAUGUUUCACACUGCCUCAAGCUCACUGUGUCCAAGGCUGGUGCUCUUCUCUUUCCCAGCAAGCCUCUUCAGUAUUCAUUUAUAACAUCGCCAUUCACCAUAUUAAACAAGCACACAACCUUGGCUUUAUAUUUGACCCCCUUUCUCAUUUGCUUCCUAUAUUCAAUCUGUCGCCAAGUCAGGUUGCGUCUCCUCUUACAGGAUUGCAAAGACAUAACCCUCCCUCUCUUGACGCAAAAUUUUAGUCAACGUUCUGAUCACCGCCUGCCUUAAUGACUUCUCCUCUCUGGCCUUCCUUUGCUGCAUCUCAGCUCCCUCAUCUCUCCCUGGAACUUUGCUGCCAAAGUAAUUUGCUCUGACUAUGCGGCACCCUUCCUUAACCUCCUGCACUGGCUCCUUGCCUCUUCCAGAUUCAGCACAAAACCUGCGUUGUUACCUGCUAAGCCCUCCCUGACCUUGCCCUCAUUCAUUUCUCUGUUCUUGUACUCCAACAGAUCCUUGCCCAAGACUGUUGCUCCUCUAGCUCUGCCACCCUCCGUGAUCUGGAGGGAUUAUAUCCAGUUAGUAGUAGUAGUAGUAGUAAUAAUUAACUUAUUAUUUAUACCCCACCCACCUGGCUGGGUUUCUCCAGCCACUCUGGGCGGCUUCCAACAGAAUAUUAAAAUAAAAUAACCUAUUAAACAUUAAAAGCUUCCCUAAACAGGACUGCCUUCAGAUGUCUUCUAAAAGUCUGGUAGUUGUUCUUCUCUUUGACAUCUGGUGGGAGGGUGUUCCACAGGGCGGGUGCCACUACCUGGUUCCCUGUAACUUGUCUUCUCGCAGUGUCCCUCUGCUCUUUUAUCCAAUGGAAUCUUAACAACAGAGGGACAGAAAUCAAGCCAAUAUUUGAGGAUAUUCUUUUCUCCUUCACCCCACCAAAAUCUGUUCCAGAAGGUUAGCAGGCUUCUGGAAUAGUAAGGAAAAUGGGUGAUCUCUAUUUUCGUUCCGCUGACUGAAAGCUCUGCAAGUUCAAACCUAAGUUUUCCUGCUCCCUCAGUCACUUCCACCCUUUUCUCUUGCUGCUGCUUAAACCUGGUUCUCUCUCCUAGAACACCUUCACAAUGCCACCUCUUACAUUGUUCAAACCCCUCAAACCCCACUAUUCCGCAAAACAUUUGGCACGUUAGUCCUCAGUUCCUACUGAAGCCUCAGCAUAUUUGUAAAUACGUACACUGAACACAGAUACCUUUCCUUGGUGGGUUUUGUCUCAUUUGCAUAUAUGUUCCUAUUCCAUAUAGACAGUUGAUACCACUUUAAUUGUCAUACCCCUCAAAAGAAUACAGAAAGAAUGCUGAAUUUUAAAAAAAAAUAUUCUUAGUAAUAACUAUUAAACUAAUAGAAGUCCGUUUAAUAAAUAUAUCGUACACCUGUUACAAGCGUGCUCUGCUGGGGAUUCAGUCAAUUAAGUAGUCAUCCAAUUUCUUUAAUAAGAUUAUGUUUUAAAAGUUAUGUGGAAAGACGUGGGCUACAAUUUGGAAACAAACUUUCUUCCAGCAUUUCUCCCAUAUUUACCUAGUGGUGUGGGAGCCAUUUCGCUGUGGGAUCUUCCCACAAGUGUUCAGAUUCAGGAACACCGUGCAGAUGGAGUUCCUUUCCCACUUAAUUGAGGCCAGUGUUCUUUGCCAACCAACAGUUGGAUAAAGAAUAAGUAAAUAUCAACAAAAUAUUCAAUCAUCUAUCUCCUUUAUCUUGGCUGCAACCAUUUCUCUGUCUCUCUCCUUUUCCAUCUCUGCUUUUCCUUUGGUAUGAAGGAACCCAUUAUUUCAUGUUGUAUAUGACUAUACACACCUGUUGGACGCGGGUGGUGCUGUGGUCUAAACCACAGAGCCUAGGGCUUGCCGAUCGGAAGGUCGGUGGUUUGAAUCCCCAUCAUGGGGUGAGCUCCCAUUGUUUGGUCCCAGCUCCUGCCCACCUAGCAGUUCAAAAGCACAUCAAAGUGCAAGUAGAUAAAUAGGUACCGUUCUGGCAGGAAGGUAAAUGGUGUUCCGUGCACUGCUCUGGUUCGCCAGAAGCGGCAUAGUCAUGCUGGCCACAUGACCCGGAAGCUGUACGCCGGCUCCCUUGGCCAAUAAAGCAAGAUGAGCGCCGCAACCCCAGAGUCGUCUGCAACUGAACCUAAUGGUCAGGGGUCCCUUUACAUUUAUACACACCCGUUACGCCCAAUUGAUGGCCCUGAGAAAUAAGACCCUCCCUGGAGCCCAUCAGUUAGGAUGGAAAAAGCCCCCAAAAUGGCCGGAGACGCAGCGGGGAUUUGUUUACGCUGCUCAGCCUCCUCUCCUAACAGCUAAUGUGUGGAGUGCUGCAGCAGCAGCAUGUUCCUCCAGUGCUUCAGUUCUAGUUGUGGAUAUUUCUGGAUGCUGUAUUUUUGGUAUGGAUUGAAGGGAGAGCGGCAGAGAGGGCGUUUAGAGAGUGCUCCCCACUUUACGCGAUUUCACAUGUGCAUGCAGGGGCCCGGAAUGUAACCCCCAUGAAAUUAGCACCUGCACACAAUGUAUAUGCAAUUGGAACAAUGUAUGAUUGGUUAUUAUUGCUAUUGGGAGGGAGAAAGCAAAACUCGCAAAACUGGGCCUGCCUAUGCGGUUCCUUUAUUCCGAUACGUGACAUGAGAUCCCACUUUGUGCAAGCAGCUCCAUCUCGGCUCACAGUAAGUGUGAAAGGGUCGUCUGCGUCAGAAUAAAUAAAUGGCCUGUGCACUGAUGCCAUUUAAAGUUGAGUGAAAUUUUCAAAACCACUUGACAUCUAGGAGAAUAUAAACCUGCUGUUCCGUAAGUUAUGCCUAGAAAUCCCAUUCUUAAUACUGUCCUUUGAUGGAUUGCUUUUAGAUAUGGGACUUAUUUGCAAGAUUGUACAGCCUUCUCCCCCCAGCCCACCUGUUGGGUUGGAGGUUUUUUUUUUUUUACAAAAUAAAUAUUUCCCUUUUUUAAUAGCCUCAUCCUUUUCUUCCUUAACCCUCAAAUCUAAGCUACGGGGAGGCUGAGUAACUGAGCAGCUUCAAGGGCAGUGCUGGCUUUGAGGGCUUGAUUGCUGACAUAGUCAUGCAUUUCAGCACAGCCGAAUAAAGCAAAAUGUUUAUAUGCUUCAGAAAGCUCUAAGGCAAUACACCCGGCUCAAGCGGACCAGUCUGAGUUUAUUCUGAGAAUUAUAAUCACUUUAUAAGGAUAGGAGAACACAGCUGGAGGGCCACUGGACCCUUUCCUUCCAAAUGACAAAAUGUAUUUGUCAGAAAACCCCGACGCUGGAAAAAUUCAUGCGGUGAUUUACAUAUUUUAAAAGACUGAGCUGAAAAGAAGCACUUAUCUAACUCUGUGAACCUGGAAAAGCAUUUAAUUAGUCAUAUAGGCAGCUCUAUGGUAGGGCGGAAAGAGAGCUAGCAGCGUUUCAGCUUAACUUGGGAAGGGAAAGUAAGAAUUACUUAGAGGGUGAAGUUUCUGUUGACAUGUUAGCACAUUUUUAAAGAAAAUUGUGCUGUGAAUUUCAGUGGUCCUUUUGUUGUUAACUGUUUGUUCACUGAGCACCUCAGGUUGCCACACCAGAGUUUAUACCAUGGGUAGGCAACCUAAGGCCCGGGGGCCGGAUCCGGCCCAAUCGCCUUCUAAAUCCAGCCCGCGGAUGGUCCGGGAAUCAGCGUGUUUUUACAUAAGUAGAAUGUGUGCUUUUAUUUAAAAUGCAUCUCUGGGUUAUUUGUGGGGCAUAGGAAUUCGUUCAUCCCCCCCCCAAAAAAAUAUAGUCCAGCCCCCCACAAGGUCUGAGGGACAGUGGACCAGCCCCCUGCUGAAAGUUUGCUGACCCCUGGUUUAUAAUAAUAAUAAUAAUAAUAAUUUAUUAUUUAUACCCCGCCCAUCUGGCUGAGUUUCCCCAGCCACUCUGGGCGGCUCCCAAUCAGUGUUAAAAACAGUACAGCGUUACAUAUUAAAAACUUCCCUGAACAGGGCUGCCUUAAGAUGUCUUCUGAAUGUCAGGUAAUUGUUUAUCUCUUUGACAUCUGAUGGGAGGUUGCUUGAGGGAAAUCACCUUCAUGAAAGCAUCUUCUUUAUACUUUGAGCCACCCAAAUUGCUACAUUUGUUGAGUAGCUGGAAGCCAAGAUUAACCAAAUUAACAGGAAUUGGUCUCUUUCCCUAUUCAUAGAGUAGAAUCCUAUAUGUGUUUACUAAUAGGUAAGUUCCUUUGGACUUACUCUCAGGUAAACAUGUUUGUAAUUGCAGUCUUAAGAGGUGAGGCUAAACCUGUUAAGGCAAAAAUAGCUGUGAUGUAUAUUUUUCAAAUACAGGAAAGGGAGAUGUUUAUUUACCAAUGGUGGAAAAGAGAUUGAAAUACCAUAUAGUCCAUUUAAUGUGACUUUUCCACCUACACAGGGGACAGUGCAUCCGUGAAAGAAAAUUAUAUUUUCCUAUUACACAAUAAUUGAUUUUGCUAGAAUUAUACCUGUUUAGUGGUUACUUAUAGCUCCCAAACAAAUGCACCUGCGACAAAAUUAGCACUCCUCAUAAAGAAAAGAUGCACAUGUGUUGGUUUUUGCCUCCUGCCACUAAAAUCUCCUGGGGUUUAAGACAUGAAAUCUGUUUAGGAUCACUAAAAGCUAUGUGUUAAAGGUGCAUUGAACAGUUUCUGUGUGUCAUUGAUGUAGGCUGGCUUUCUUAUUAAUUUUAGUCACAUAGUCAUUGAAAUCCCAGCGAAAUUCUGAGAUGAAAGUAGAUCAACCUUAAUAUAGCAAAAAUGAAAGGUUAAAAUUGUGGGUCAAACACAUCAGGUAAAAACAUAUAUUAGCUAGAUAGGAGAGUCUGUUGUAAAAGGCAUGCCAGGCAGGGACUAAUUUUCCUUUCAAACCAAUUUUGCACUCCGAAUGCACUAAAAACUUGGUUUGCGUUGUUCCUGUAUUAGCCAAACAAAUCUAAGGAAACAGGCAUUUGGUAAACAUAAGAUUCGCUGAGCAAUGUGCAGCCCGUAAUGUUAUAGUUACAGAAAUCUCCAUGAACCAGGGACUGUUAAGUAUUAAAUUUCAUGGCCAUGUUAGUGGUGCCAAGUUUUGUUUUUACUGGCCACAUUUUUGUGCCGCAACUAGCUGCUUACCGUAUUUUUCGCUCCAUAGGGCGCACCGGACCAUAGGGCGCACCUAGUUUUUAGAGGGGGAAAUCCAGAAAAAAAAUAUUAUUUCCCCCCCAGCCCCAAAGAGCAGCGUACAGGCUGCGCGCAACCUCUCCCUGCCGGAGGGGUUGCGCGCAGCUAUGGCACAAGCCAAGACAGCAAGCGGGAUGGAUCCCACUCGCUGUUUUGGCUUCCUCUUUAGCCACGCACAACCUCUCCCUGCCUCAGGCUUCAGGUUUCCUUUUGCUGAAGCCGGAAGAGCAAGACUCUCCCGGCUUCAUCGAAAGGAACCUGAAGCCUCCAGAACGCAGCGGGAGCGCUCCCUCUGCGCUUCGGAGGCUUUGCGUUGCUAUCGCUGAAGCCAAGGAGCCUGCAUUCGCUCCAUAGGACGCACACACAUUUCCCCUUAAUUUUUGGAGGGAAAAAGUGCGUACUAUAGAGCGAAUAAUACGGUAAAUGUGCCCAAAUAUAGCACAUGAAGCUCUUCCUUGCAAGGGACAAAAGUGAUGUACUAACUUGCCCCUUUGUUUUGACUGCUUCCAGGUUGUUUCUGCCCUUGGAGCGAGAAUCAUCUGGAAGAAGAUACUUCAUGAAUGGCCUCAUGUUCUUGGAAAAGAAAAUCCAUCCAACGAUGAGAUUGUAGCAGUGUUCAAAGAUCAAGGAGGGCACUGAUUUCAGCAUGCUAAAUACAGUGGCUUUUCACCAUUCAGAAUAAAGAACACCUUUCCCAACAAUGCAAGCUAACCUUUGGGGUAUUGGAACAUAAAAGGCUGAUGGGUGCAAAUAGUUCUUUAUCAACUAUCUGGCAGCUGAAUGCACCAGUGGCAAAAUUUUACUUACGUAUAGAUGUGGAAUCUCAUAGGAGACUGCUUGCUUUUAGGCAAGGCUUUUCACCCGUUUGUCCCAUCAAUCUACCAAGCCUCUUCAGGUCAAUUUGUUUCCGAUACACAUUAAAUCUAAUUGGAAUUCUCUGUUUAUAGCGUAUUUUAUAUUCAAAAAUUCUGCUAGAUAUUUUUUCUUCUUCAUUUGAAUAAAGCAUCUGGAUGGG